AUGGAUGAAACAUUCAAAGACCGGACUGCCUUUAUACGUGGCGCUAAAGACAUUGCUAAAGAAGUUAAAAAGCAUGCAGCCAAGAAGGUUGGUAGGAGUGUAGAUAAGGUGCAGGAUGAGUACACAAAACGAUCCUACACACGGUUUGAAGAGGAUGAUGACGAUGAUGAUUAUCCGCCUCAGGAUGGAUACUACAGAGGUGAUCCUCUUAAUGAUGAGGAAGGGGCAUCCAGUGAUGCUACGGAAGGCCAUGAUGAGGAUGAUGAAAUCUACGAAGGAGAAUAUCAAGGAAUUCCUCGAGCAGACUCCAUGAAAGGUGACCACCUAACAAAUAACCAGCAGCUUGUAACGGAGUUUAAAGACUUUGAAGAUUUAGAAGGGCAACGACGAAAAGACAAAGAGGAACUGGCUCAACAAUACGAGCUGAUUCUUCAAGAGUGUGGACAUGGUCGGUUUCAGUGGACACUCUACUUUGUUCUUGGACUUGCCAUGAUGGCCGAUGGGGUGGAGAUAUUUGUGGUGGGCUUCGUAUUACCCAGUGCAGAGAAGGACAUGUGCUUGUCAGAUUCCAACAAAGGCAUGCUCGGUAAGUUUUCCUUUUCACAGCACUAUAAAAGUUAGAAUUUCAGCAAAACAAUGCGUGAAUCAGAGGUCAAAACCAAAACAAGUGCUCCUCUACAUUCAUGCUACAGAUAAGUUGGGAUACAUUUGUUUGCAUUUAUGUUCCUUCAAUUGAAUAUGUGUUCAGUUAAUAGGAAUAGUAUUGCACCCCAAAGCAGGGUUCAAAGAUAUUCUGUUUUUAAUGUGGAAAAAAAUAAAAUUAUAUAACAGUCACUGUAGGAACUUAUAAACCUCAACCCAUAAUCUCCAAUAUCCUGCAAUGUUUUGAAAGAUUUCCCCUGGCUGGAGGAGAGCAGGUAUCAGCAGGGAGGUCUCAAAAGCAGCAAAAAAAAUCUUAAACUCAAUCCUCUAACACGAUAAUGUGAGAGAUUGUUCAAAUCCACUUAAAACGUGGACGUAAAAAAAGCUGUGCAAAGUACACCCAAAAGUGUGUGAAAAGCUAUCCAAAUGGCACGCUUUGUAACAGUGCACCAUGCAGUGAAUUCCCAGCCAAACAAGAGCAUAACUCCCAAGUGUCCCUAUUUAGAAGUGACAGUCCCUAUUUUAGGCCCAAUUCCCUCGAUCCCCCUUUCUACUAAUAAGAUACAUUGCUCCUGUUCUAGUCACAUAAAUUGUUAUUAGUAAUUCCCCAUACUCCACUUACACCCACACAUUCCUCUCUACCAUUGGAAGGUCUGUGACUACGCAGAGAGCCAGUGGUGGAUGGCUAUUUGCAGAGUGAUUUUUAUAAAAUCACUGCAAUUAUUAGCAACAGUGUGUAGGGAGACAGAAAUGGUGUCUGAAUUAUGGCUCAUGCAAUGAGCAUAGGUAGUUAUGGUGUCUAGAGUGACCUUUUACCUUCACCAUAGACUGUACCAGAGAAAUAACAUGUACAGUAUGGCUGAGACCAGGAAUCCUUUAGUACAGGUUUUUGUGGUUGUGGUUACAGGGAAUACAGCAAGCGGAUUAAACAACACAAUAUGUGGAUCAAGUUAGACAAUGCGUGAGAGUACAAUGGCAAAACGUUUAUGCAACAGUAGCGAAUCUGUUACUAGAUCAAGUUUGGACAACCUUUUCCAGGUCACUUAUUUUUGCCUAAAUUUUGCAGUUUGGUUUUCAAUUCAGUUAAUUGUUUGGUGAAAAAGACUUUUACAAUGAAAGCAUUUCCUGUAUUUAAAGGGUGAUGGUUGUCCUGAUCAGUCAGGUCUCGUGUAAUGACCUUCAUAAUGUCACGGAAAAAUGUCAAGCACAGCAAAAGGAUCAACAAAAAACAACAUUGAUUGAUCUUGCAUUAACUGUACGAGAAGCCACCGAUCUCCAAUACAGACAGAAACAUUUCUCGAUUUCUUUUUUUGUCAACACUUAAAAUCUGUCAGGUCACUUAGAGCGUCUUCAGUGCGCCGCUGUCCUGGAGUCUCGCUUCCGGAGCAUCCAUUGCUUUUUGUAAAUAUCACCGUGACCGAUGCUCUUCCCCUAAACAUACAAUCGGAACAAAAGGGUCACUGUUGUACUUGGGCGUUUAGUGAGGAUGGACACGAGAGGAUAUUUAUCUGCCCCACAUCGUGAUUUAAAUAAAUCAAUACGAAUCUGAAAGGGAACUGCCCAAAAUUUCAAUUCAAGCUCCGAGACAAUAUGAACAGCGCACACUAUUGUAUUUAUUCCUUUUUUGUAUUUUCUGACCUGACAUUUACGGCGUUCCCUUUCAGAGGAGUAUUGAUUGUGAUUUAUUUAUAUUCCCAGGCCUCCUCCCAUAUUGAGGUGUUCCCGGUAUAUACACUAUAUAGCCCAUGGCUUCUUACUGCACACAUUGUGCAGACUGCCACCAGCCCAAUCUUGGCCGUAUCAUUAUUUAUGCUGAUAUUCCCCUUCGAGUGAUGCCCACUUCGCUAAAAACGUUCCCUCAGAUUUAUCAUCUAAGGCCGGUUUGAGUAGGCCGAUUGCGUGGUUUCAUAAACGAAGUAAAAGUAAAAUAACCCACUGGCUCUUGACAAAGGCGUAGUUUAAACGCCGAAACGCGCUUCGAGAUUAUGAUUAUGUAGCCAACGCUAAUUUUAUUGAAUUUACUUUAUUUUCCCUUUAUUAUAAUUUUUUGUGAUGGAACUGGGUUUCCCUAUUAGGCAAUUGAGAAGUUGGGCUCUGUCAUUAGCUAUUUAAGGGGCUGGAUAGGCUGCCAUGAAGCAGCAGAGAUUUACUCUUAGUCUGACAGUUUAUUUUUAGGGCGUUUAUAGGGAGUUCCUCCCUGUGUUUGGAAUUUGGGAGGGGGGCAUUUUUUUUUUCUCUUUUUUAAAGGGAAUCUGUUUACCCUACACACCUUGAACUUUAUGCCUUUACCUCCUACUAGGAAUCUGCCACUCAUUAUUUUUCAUACUAAUUCCCAAUCCAUUGGAUUGAUAUAAAUAUUUCUAUACAAGUUCACCUUUUUUGAAGCAUUUUUUUAAAGCAUCUUUUGAGGUGACUUAAUUAGUCAGUGUAGCUUUGUGUCCAUUUCAUAUUUAGAUGAUCUUUUCUACAUUUCCAUCUUGCAUCUAGCUGCAUUAAUUAGAUAGGACUAGUUUUUUCGGUUCCUUAAAGGUAUAUGCACCCACUUAUCUGUUUUGAAUACACUUGGGAGUUCAAGUUCCACAAUCAUUAUACAUGUUUAGUACGUUCUAAUAAAGGUUAUUUACCCCAUUAAUGUGACCCUUUUACACUAGGAGGUAUUUCUGAGUGGGUUAGGUUUUCCACCCAUUUGUUGUGAGUGGAUGCCCUACCCUAUUCUGUGCUGUCUCUAUUCUGUAUUAAUCUCGGGGUUAAGCCCCUAUACCUCCUGUAACCUUUUUUUUGGAGGAGUGGUGAUAGUAUUCAUUCUAUUACCUCUCCCCCUUCUCUUCUUUUCUAAAAGUAAAAUAAGUUGUUCAGGUUUAUUAAGGGCAGUCUGGCAGAGAUACCACAAUAUCAAAUUCUAGAAUGGUCAUCAUAUUCAUAUUGGUAAGGAACCGCUGUAUAAAAAAGCAUUCUGUGGGGGCUUAUCUACAAACCAAGAAUUGUGGACAGCUUACAUGUCAAGUGCAACCUACAGGUUUUUUUUUCCAGAUUUUUGAAACUCUCUUGUCAAUUCUGGAGCCCCGUAAAAUGAACAUAUUCCUUGACAUAAUAACUGGAAUAAGUCACUCCCUUUCUAUGAAACACAGUGUUUAAAAUGUACGUUCACAGAUCUGAAGGAGUCGCAGAGAUAGACACUGGUCCUGUCCCAAUAUAUCACGGUUGGAUAAUUAAGAGACUACAGAGAAAAUUGUAAUUUUUCGUAGUAAGAGUCGUGGCAUUUAAUUUCACGUUGUGGUUCCAGCCACGACGCUGGAGAAGUCCCCGCUGGCAAGAGCAAAUUCAUUCUGACGCCCACACACAUCUAAGUGACUAGCAAAUGCCAGAAACCUUUCAAAUCGAAUGGACAGGGAACAGUGCAGGAAUGCGGAUUUAAAUGACUGCUACAUGAAAACUAGGGCAGGAUCUAUAGGAGGUCUCAUACAGUUUCCUCUUCUCUCACAUGUUUUUCGGUUCUCCUGCAGUUCCUGUGUCAUUCUUGAAUUGCCAAUCAUAGAACGAGCUUUAUACACAGUGACGAAGGUUCGAACUGGAGGUUUUACGUUAGAAUAGCAUCAAAUCAAUGCUCCUACAAUGUCACCAGUUAAAGAACAGCCAGGAGAGGACACUGAAUGGGACAUCCAAGGAUGUCUACAAGAUUUGUCUGAAGACAAGGGGUCAGUCUUAGCUGGACAAUGCCAGAGGCAAUGACACAACUCCAGUGAUGGGGGAGAAGCAAAAAUAAAAAGAUCACACGUGUUAUUAUAAAACAGGCAAAUCAUGUCUUAGAAUCCCAAACUGCAGGAAAGGUGAUGUAAUUCCCUAUAAUGAACAGAUCACGUCUGUGCAGUCUUGGGGUCCUAAACUCAGGGGGGUCCUGUGAAGAAAAAAAAAAGUCCCAGUCUGCCUAAGAUUAGUAGGACUAUACCUCCCAUGUGGUACCUGAUGCCAUUUUAAUGAUGGCAACCCAGAACUGUGACUCACACUAAUCUCAGGCAGCACCCAGACUUGUGUGUCCCAGAGCUGUCCCUACAUUAACCCCUUAAGGACCAAACCUCUGGAAUAAAAGGGAAUUAGGACAUGUCACACGUCAUGUGUCCUUAAGGGGUUAAAACCGUCCAUUCCAUGGUGAGAGUCUACACUCACAGGACUUACUUUCAAACACUUUCAGUCCCAAUCUGGUCUUUCAUCAGAAUGGUCCUGAUGAAAGUCCAGAUUGAGACUGAAACGCUGAGGUUUUGGAAAUAGUGUUUGAAAGAAAGUCUAGUGAGUGCUCUCAUUUGAGUUUAUUUAUAAUUCUAAGGCUGGAAGUGCACCGUGGCAAGAUAAAUUAAACAGACAAGUGAGUGCAGGACUGGGAUAUAUAUAUAUCUAUGCCACAAGGUCGAGAUGAAACUAAUAUUUUAUCCAUCCACCUUUGCAAAGCUCUGUAAACUCCGAUGUGUACAAUACUAGACAGGGGCACAAGAACUUGGGUUUACGUGACCAGUGGUCAAAGCGUGUGCGGUUCAAGCCUCUAUCUCGUUUACAUACACAGUUGGCAAGUGAAGUUCCCGUACACCGGUACAGCUUAGCAAGAACCUCGCGCAUAUGAACGGCAGAUUUUGUCUCUGUAUAACACUGCCGUUAACCACUUAUCAAAAAUCAUUACAAAUACAGCAUUUCAACUUGUCACUUAUCUAAAAUGCUUUCAGAUGCUGCCCAUAUAUAAAUUCUCUUAUUCCUUUGUCUUAUAUUAUCUCUGUAUAACGGUAUCAUUUAUCACUUAUCAAAAAGUCAUUUCAGAUACAACCUUACAGCUUAUCAAUUGUCUCAAAUGAUUUCUAAAGUUUCUCAUAUAAAAAUUGUCCUUUCACUUAUCUCUUAUGACCUUGUAUCUUCCUUCUUCUUCUCUUGUUCUUUUCUGUAUCUGAUGUAAUAAAGUCCAUACAAACAAAUUCCCUUUCAUGGUCGGGAAGUGUUUAGUUCAUAUAUGGUUCAAUAGUCCAUCAAAUUCCAUAAAUCAAAAGUGUCAUAAAUACAUAAAAGAGCAUAAAACUAUAUAAGAAGCAAGUAAAAUAUGUAUAAAUCUAACUUGGAAUAUGUUGUUGGAAUCUCCUACAAAACUCGAAAACUUGAAAACAGGGGUAAAAAAAUUUUUGGGGGUAAAAAGGUCUCAAAAAAGGGGAAGGGGGGGGGAGAAGGAGGGAAGAAGAGAGGGGGAUUAUAGAAAAUGGCAUAACUCAAAAUCUCAGUUUAAGCCAUAGGGGAUCAAUGUGUUAAGUUUAUAGAUCCACUCCAUUUCUGUUCUUCCCAAUUCUCUGAUAAAAUCUCCCCCUCUCCAGUUCUUAUUCAACUUUUUAAUUCCCAUAAAAGUCAAACCUUCUGGCUUCUGAUUAUGAAAUUUUUUAAAAUGAUAUGAGACACUGUGUUGUUCAAAUCCUAUUUGGAUUUUAUAUAUAUGUUCUCUAAUUCUCGUGUGCAAAGGCCUUGUUGUUCUUCCUACAUAUUUGAGUCCACACGGACAUAUCAGGAGAUAAAUUACAUUUUUAGUGUAGCAAGUCAUGAAUUGUUUAAUUGGAAUAGUGAAGUCUUUAUUAGUUAAUAUUUCCUUUAUUAUCCUUCUAUUACAGCCUGACUUUUUACAUGCUGUGCACUGUCCGCAUCCAUAAAAACCCUUUUCAUCCUUGAACAACGUAGAAGAAUGAUUCUUUUCUUUUAUAAAGCUUCUCACCAAUGUAUUUUUAAGGUUCCUUGCUCCUCUAUAUAUCAUUCUGGGUUUUACUGGAAGAAUUUGUUUAAGGGUUGGGUCCUGAAGUAAUAUAGGCCAAUAUCUAUUUAUAAUUUUACGUAUUUGAUGAUUGCUUGUGUUGUAAUUGCAAAUGAAUGGGACAUCCUGUAUUUCCUUAUUAGUUUUUGUUUUGUAAGUUAAUAAUUCCUUUCUUUCCCUACCUCUUAUCUCCAAUCUUGAAUUUUCCAAUUUGGAUGCAUCAUUUCCCUUAUUGAAAAAAUCCGUCUUAAUGUGCAGUGAUUGAUCUUCACAAUUGGUCACAUCACUGCAAUUUCUCCGAAUUCUGAGGAAUUGCCCUUUAGGGGCAUUCUCCAGGCACGGAGAAUGGUGGCAACUGAUCUUCUCAAUAAAACUGUUGCAAUCCACCUGUUUGAAAUGGUUUUUAGUUUGGAUUUUCCCUUCUUUUAUAAAAAUGGCUAAAUCUAAAAAUUUAAUUAUAUCCUUACUGUAUGUGGUCCUUAAUUUAAUACCCCAGUCAUUACUAUUUAAAAACGUUAAGAAUUUAGUUAACUCUAUUUCUUCACCUUUCCAUAUUAGUAUAAUAUCAUCGAUGUAAUGACCAUAGAGGACCAAGUUCUCCCCCCAGUCAUGACCUUCAUACACAAAAUGAUCUUCCCAAGAGGCCAUGAACAAGUUGGCGUAACUGGGGGCAAACUUAGUCCCCAUGGCCGUCCCAUUGAUUUGUAGAAAAUAGUUGUCAUUAUACCAAAAAAAAAUUAUUUUUUACGAUCAAUCCUAUUCCUUCUAAUAUAUAUUCAACCUGCUUCGGUAAAAAAUCAUUCACAUUGAUCCCCUAUGGCUUAAACUCAGAUUUUGAGUUAUGCCAUUUUCUAUAAUCCCCCUCUCUUCUUCCCUUCUUCUCCCCCCCCCUUCCCUUUUUUUUUUUUGAGACCUUUUUACACAAAAAAAUUUUUUAGCCCUGUUUUAAAGUUUUAGAAUUAUAAAUAGAUAUUGGCCUAUAUUACUUCAGGACCCAACCCUUAAACAAAUACACUAAAAAUGUAAUUUAUCUCCUGAUAUGUCCAUGUGGACUCAAAUAUGUAGGAAGAACAACAAGGCCUUUGCACACGAGAAUUAGAGAACAUAUAUAUAAAAUCCAAAUAGGAUUUGAACAACACAGUGUCUCAUAUCAUUUUAAAAAAUUUCAUAAUCAGAAGCCAGAAGGUUUGACUUUUAUGGGAAUUAAAAAGUUGAAUAAGAACUGGAGAGGGGGAGAUUUUAUCAGAGAAUUGGGAAGAACAGAAAUGGAGUGGAUCUAUAAACUUAACACAUUGAUCCCCUAUGGCUUAAACUGAGAUUUUGAGUUAUGCCAUUUUCUAUAAUCCCCCUCUCUUCUUCCCUCCUUCUCCCCCCCCCUUCCCUUUUUUUUUUUUUUGAGACCUUUUUACCCCCAAAAAUUUUUUUACCCCUGUUUUCAAGUUUUCGAGUUUUGUAGGAGAUUCCAACAACAUAUUCCAAGUUAGAUUUAUACAUAUUUUACUUGCUUCUUAUAUAGUUUUAUGCUCUUUUAUGUAUUUAUGACACUUUUGAUUUAUGGAAUUUGAUGGACUAUUGAACCAUAUAUGAACUAAACACCUUCCCGACCAUGAAAGGGAAUUUGUUUGUAUGGACUUUAUUACAUCAGAUACAGAAAAGAACAAGAGAAGAAGAAGGAAGAUACAAGGUCAUAAGAGAUAAGUGAAAGGACAAUUUUUUAUAUGAGAAACUUUAGAAAUCAUUUGAGACAAUUAAUAAGCUGUAAGGUUGUAUCUGAAAUGACUUUUUGAUAAGUGAUAAAUGAUACCGUUAUACAGAGAUAAUAUAAGACAAAGGAAUAAGAGAAUUUAUAUAUGGGCAGCAUCUGAAAGCAUUUUAGAUAAGUGACAAGUUGAAAUGCUGUAUUUGUAAUGAUUUUUGAUAAGUGGUUAACGGCAGUGUUAUACAGAGACAAAAUCUGCCGUUCAUAUGCGCGAGGUUCUUGCUAAGCUGUACCGGUGUACGGGAACUUCACUUGCCGACUGUGUAUGUAAACGAGAUAGAGGCCUGUGGGUGGCAACAGCAUGUUGCGGCGUCAUCACAGAUCUUUCACCGCCAAACAUGAGAGUAUUUAAAUAGUAUCCAGCGAACAGGCAACAUUGUAUUAAUUUAUCCAGUUGAAAAAGCCACAGUAUAGUGGCGAAACGCGUUCUGGUUUCCUGAAUUUUAGCAUAUUGAUGCUCUUUGUUUUCUUAAUAGAUUUUAGGCAUAAUUAUGCCCUUUUAUUUUUUAAUAAAGUUAGCUUUUAUCACUACUUGGACUCCUGGAUUCACCUAACCCACCUGCCUUUUCUUGAUGGGAGUGCAGUCCCACACUGCACAAUACGUGAAAAUUGAGUCAAAUUACUUGACUCCAUGCUUGUAAGUACCCAUUUGGGAAUUUUUAUUAUCUUAUAAGGGAAUCCUAAAUAGUACUGCGCAAUCGUCCGUGUUUUUACCCUCUUCUUAGGAUAAGAGUCACAAUACUGGAAAUUAACCAAAGAAGAGGGAAGAUUAUCCAAACGGACCCAGCAGUGAUAUAACUUCGAUAAGGGGAGGAUCGCCUAAACGGAUCCAAAAGCGAUACAAACCAGAGCUGAGUCUACAGCUCCCCGUUUGUGAGUUUAUUCAUAUAUUCUUAUACUAAAGAUUACUUUAUAAAAUACCAUCUAUGCGACUAUUUCCUUUCCAGGAACUUGGUCGCCGAUCUCGUAUAUAUUCCUCAAAGACUACUAAAAAGUGACAAUUGAUCUCCAUAAGCGCUACAUUCUUCCAUUUUUUUUUCAAGUAUUUUGUUGUUUGAGGUGUUGGAAGCACCAUAUGAAUGUUUAGCAGCUAGUUUGAAGAUAUUUGUAACCAAUUGUAUUUAUUUUAAUUAUUUGUAAUAAGCGCUGGUUCCUAUCUAUUAUAAUCGUUAGAAAUCAGUUUUCUCAGUAGGAUUGUCCCAUCAGAACUGUUCAUAGAUUUCAACCACAGGCAGAACAUAACAUUUUCUCCAAGAAGGAACAUUGUGUAAAAACAGAAAAGGCAAAAUGUGACUUCAUGUGCAAAUUAGCAAUCAUGACCAUGGGAUCAUCACUCACAGUCUCAUACAGUUCAGUCUGAAACAAUGUGGUUUCAGGAUCAUACAUGUUGCUGUGGCCCAGUUUGGGUGCUUGUAGUUAAUGUCUCACAGUGCUGUACAGGGCACACUACCAGUGCCACACAUAUAUGAAGCCACGUGCUAGAGAGCAGCGAAUGAACCACAUGAAUAUAAAUGAACCUGUAUUCCGAGGCAGCGCUGUGGGUGUUAGCUGGGCCGGGCUCUCCACCUUCAGACAUGUCUUAGAAUGAAAUGUUUGUCUUUUUCUUGUUGUACAGCGUUGCGGAAUAUGUUGGCGCUAUGUAAAUAAUUGUAAUACAGGUUGGUUAGUGUGAGCGUGUGUUCACUCAUGUUAUGAAGGCACAAACCAUGACUAUUUACACAGCUCGUUACUUCUAUUUGUACCUAUUGAUUUAUUUGAAUUCAGUAUUGUAUUUUUAGAAAACAAUAAUGGUUAUUUAACCCAAAUGCGUGUAGAUGCUUCAUGGAGACAGUUUCAUUACCAUGAUAACACAGGAUAAGUUAGUAUUAACGGCACGUUCCACACACACAAAGCUUGCUGAAAUGCUCUACGAGUCUGUUGUCAGUCAUUUUCUUGACACUUUAUAAAAGUGCUGGUUUCAAUAGUGAAUCUGCAGUUUUAGAAUUGGGGGCAGAAACCCCCUGCGACAGGUGCACUGUACUACAACUCAUUGAAAAGGAUAGAAGCUCUCCAUGAGAAGCCCCCUUAUUAAUGUAAACCCCAGCACAGAGCUCUCAGUGAGAAGCCCCCCUUAUUGAUGUAACCCCCAGCACAGAGCUCUCUCCAUGAGAAGCCCCCUAAUUGGUGUAACCCCCAGCACAGAGCUCUCUCCGUGAGAAGCCCCCCUUAUUGGUGUAACCCCCAGCACAGAGCUCUCUCCUUGAGAAGCCCCCCUUAUUGGUGUAACCCCCAGCACACAGCUCUCCAUGAGAAGCCCCCUUAUGGGUGUAACCCCCAGCACACAGCUUUCAGUGAGAAGCCCCCUUAUUGGUGUAACCCCUAGCACACAGCUCUCCUUGAGUAACCCCCUUAUUGGAGUAAACCCCAGCACAGAGCUCUGUGCAUGAGAAGCCCCCUUAUUGGUGUAACCCCCAGCACAGAUCAAUCUCCAUGAGAAGCCCCCUUAUUGGUGUAAACCCCAGCACAGAGCUCUCCAAGCCCCCUUAUUGGUGUAACCCCCAGCACAGAGCUCUCCGUGAGAAGCCCCCUUAUUGGUGUAACCCCCAGCACACAGCUUUCCGUGCGAAACCCCCUUAUUGGUGUAACCCCCAGCAACACAGCCCCAUGAGAAGCCCCCUUAUUGGUGUAACCCCCAGCACACAGCUCUCCGUGAGAAACCCCCUUAUUGGUGUAACCCCCAGCACAGAGCUCUCUCCAUGAGAAGCCCCCUUAUUGGUGUAACCCACAGCACAGAGCUCUCCAUGAGAAGCCCCCUUAUUGGUGUAACCCCCAGCACAGAGCUCUCUCCAUGAGAAGCCGCCAGCACAGAGCCCUCUCCAUUAGAAGCCCCUUUGUUGGUGUAACCCCCAGCACACAGCUCUCUGUGAGAAGCCCCCUUAUUGGUGUAACCCCCAGCACACAGCUCUCCAUGAGAAACCCCCUUAUUGAUGUAACCCCCAGAACAGAGCUCUCCGUGGGAAACCCCCUUAUUGGUGUAACCCACAGCACAGAGCUCUCUCCAUGAGAAGCCCCCAUAUUGGUGUAACCCCCAGCACACAACUCUCCAUGAGAAGCCCCCUUAUGGGUGUAACCCCCAGCGCACAGAACUCUCCAUGAGAAGCCCCCUUAUUGGUGUAACCCCCAGCACAGAGCUCUCUCCACAAGAAGCCCCCUUAUGGGUGUAACCCCCAGCAAAGAGCUCUCUCUACAAGAAGCCCCCCUUAAUGGUGUAACCCCCAGCACAGAGCUCUCUUCAUCAGAAGCCCCCUUAUUGCUCUGUGUUGGGGGGUUACACCAAUAAGAUAAGAGGUCUGCAGCUUUUGCAAGCUGUUUUUAAUACACCCCCAAAUACAUGCAGGUUCUCUUUGAGGGGUAUAUCUACUAAACUGUUGAAAAAUAUUUUUUCCCCCAAUGGAGUGUUCCGUUACAAACUCCCCAUAAUUUAAUGUCCUCUAUUAUUGUAUUUAUAUAAAAUACAUUGUUUCUAUUGCAGUAAAUCCUUUAUAUGGUCUGUAAAAUGGGGAUUAGGAUUCAUGUAAGAAACAAUAGAAGGUUUGCUUAGCUCUGAUAAAUAGUUUGUCAGUAAGGCAAGGUGAGCGAUAUGAAGUCAGCCAACAGAAGAAUCAGACUGGUUCGACGUACUCUCGCUAGAAUGUCAAUGUUGAGCUGGGAGGUGAUAAGUAAAUAGCUCAGAAGACGCUGAUUGUUGUGAAGAUGGCUGCUUGGGAAUUUAUCAAUGAGGGUGUUAAUUAGAAUCCCCAUGAAGUCAGUUAACGAUUUCCGAAGCGUGAUCUUUAGACAAUGGCUGGGCCUGUGUCUGCGCAGCAUCAUGGCGCUCACCUAGCACAGAGAGACGCCUUGAUUACUGUGAUUUUCUGGAUCUUUAAGGAGGAACACUACAAAAUGCUUCCUUCUUUCCCGGUUAUCAAGGCACCCGGUGACGUGUCACUCAGCGCUCAUUAUCCAAAUAAAUGGGUACGUUUGGAAAGAGUAUAAUGGCUGAGGUUAUUUAUAAAUGUAACCGACAUGGUAUAUCACACACCGGUCUGGUUAUAGGGCACGCCUGCGCAUGUCUUUACAUUAGGGCCGUCUGUGUUCAUUAAUACACGCAGUUACUUUAUUUAGAUAACAUUCUGAGAUUGGCUUUCCCUUAUUAUAAAUAAUACUAAUUGUUAUUAGUAUUAAUAGGGCAAUGUUAGAAAUAAAUACUCAUAGAAAGAUGUACUUGUAUAAGAAACAUUUCUGUUAAAUCCUGAGCAUGCGGUUGAGACCGCACACUGAAGUCGGUUCUGGGAGGCAUCAUGAAGUUCUGUUGGUUCUUGAUCACAACACGGUGAACGUAUAGACUGCAACAUCAGACUGAGCUCUAAGGCGACAGAGGGUUGAAACGUGGUCAGGUCUCACACUGACAUCUCUUUACUUUGCUGUGAUCCUAGACUGACACGCACUAAUCACCAGUGCUGUACCUACCGUGGGCCAUUGUCAUACCUUUAGGGCCGGUGCACUGCCGCAUCGGCCCAGGGCCCACAGAUCUGACAGGAAGUACUCAUUGAGAGAGCCAUUUCUGUCAGAGGGAUUACGACGCAGUCUGUAACGCCAAGCGUGAUCUAUUUAGCCAUAUUUUAAUAUUGUACCUGUACAGUCUGUAUUAAUAUGUCUAAAUAGGCGACAUAUGGGGGGAGAAAUCAAGUGUGGUGAUUAUGUGACUUUAAAUUCCUAAAUUUGCAAUUCAAUAUAUCCUACCAACAUAGGAUUAGAGCCGGCACAGACUCAUGUUACAAGUCUGUAUAUCAGCAUUCGGCCCUCUUCCAGGCAGGAUGGACAGUUCUAGCUCCUGGUUUGAACCGUGUGUGAAUCCUUCGCCAACAAAGCAAAGAAUGUUUGUCUAAUUGGAUUUCUUAUCCAGGACCUGCCCGAUUACACAACAUAUACUUUUAGUAUGGUUUAUUAAACAUGGAACUUUAAAAAAAAUAUGACUCUGAAUUGUACAUUUUCAGGAAACUCCAGUUAUAUCUCUGGUCGGCUAUUUUGGCCUUAAUUGCUGUAUGAGAAUUUUCCAAUAUUCACAGUUUAGUGAAUAAACCUCAAACAUGUUAUGUAGAAUAAGAUUUUGACGAACUGAACCUCAUCACGGUUGCUUGGAGGGGGCCUGCUGGCCAGCCACUUACCUCAGGACUAUGGCCCAUGUGUUAGACUUUGGUUCAGGACUGUGGAAAGGCUUUGUUCAUGCCUUUUCCCUUGUCUGGUUUGGUAUAUGGGACUUACCGUACGGAUCAGGAGUAUUCUGUUCGUAUACCGAACCAAAGUCCCGAACUUACGGACCACCCGUGUGAGAUGUGUGCUGCUUGUUAACUUUACUGACCUCGUUAACUGCAACAUUCUAAACGGUCGACUGGGUGGCCGCCGUUCGUAUGGACGAACACGAGGUGGCAGCCAUCUUGUUCCCGCGAACACAAAGAGCGGUUUUUGGUCGUUCAUUGUAUGGAACCCAAAUCGGACAUUCAACGGCACAAACACCAUUGGGUCUUCCAUCUCCAAGUAUGUUUGGUGGAGUUCGUAUGAAAAGAGCGGCAACCAAACAACAAACAAGAGUCCUGUGCAUCCAGUAUAGGAGUGCACACCCAGGUGCUACCACAAUUUAUUUGAGGACAAAGUUAAAGCAGCAAACGUUUCGAGCAGCAGCCCUUUCUCAAUGCUAAUGUCCUACAGUACAUGCAAGAUAAUAUAUACAAAAAAAAUAGUGCCUACAUAACCCAAAAUUGCCACCCCCAGGUAAUCAAAUCUACAAGCAGGAUCAGAUGUGCAGUACAUUUCCAUCACUGAUGAUGUCAUCACGUAAAAAAAUUAUAUAUAUAUAUAUAUUUUUUUUUUUUUUAUAGUCUGGAAAUAAUAGCAAUGAGAGAGCUAUGAGAAGAGUGGCGUUCGGUGGGAGCAAACUCCCGAAUGAGGGACACAAGGCAAGCACACGUACGAACAGUUCUAUUCAGCAUUUUGUUGUAUUUUGUACUCCUGAAAGACCGGCCGUACAGCCUGAUUUCAUGGAACACUUUUGGGCAGGAUCCUCGUGUGCAGUUGGUCAAAUUAGGACCUCCAUGGAAAUCCUGAACCCCUGAAGCGAUCUGGGUGAUUUUUGGAUAUGUUGGUCCCUGCAGAUCAGGGCUAUCAGGGGAUGUGACUGUUGGGGGGUUUCCAUGUGUUUUGGGGGUACUUUCAGGAAGUUGUAAAAUGUGUGUUUUCUGUGCCUGGAGAUAAUUGAGUUUAGUAUAGUUCCUGACUCAAUUAUCUCCCAGGCACAGAGGAGGGAUUACCCUGUUUUGUGUGGACCUGAGAGCCAAUGUCAUCUGUAUGUUUUUGCUGUAGUCUAUUCUCAGAUCCAGUGGGGAGAGCCCCUUGUAUGGGGACCUGCAUAUAAUGCCAGUUGUGGCUGCCAUUAAAGAGAUUUGUUUUACCCCUUCAUGAAGUCUAGGCUGAUGUUUGUGGGAUUGGAGAGCUAUAUUCACACUCUGGGGAUUGCUAUAAUCACUAUACUCCCUUGGAUUACAACACUUCCUCUUGUAAGAGCAACCUGCUUUGCUCUCUGGACUAGGAGAGAUCUACCCACUGGAAGCUGGAUCCUGGUCUUGGGUCCAGGGUGGGUGGAGGACAGCGAGACCCCAACCAAGCUGCAGCGGUUUGUGGUGGUUAUGGUGUUCCAGUGCGGUGCUUAUGGUACUCAAGGAUUAUUAGGAAGCAGCGAUUGGCAGAGGUUCCCGGUCGUGGGUGCCAGGCGGUCCGUCACAAAGAUUCUCCCAGAAACACAUCCACUCAGAGCUGAUUAACUGGGAUUUAUUUUAAACUGGUUUUAUAUCAGUUUCUCUAAAUCAGUUUGCCAUCCGGUAUGUGGCAUUAAAUACAACAAAAAUCUCUAAUAUGAAAAUAAAAGGUCACAAAUUAGAUAUUAAAGAAGUCACACAUUUAUCACACUGGCCCCCCUGUAUAAUGCCUAUUUAGACAUCUUUAUACAGACUGCAGAGGUAAAAACAUGGCCAAACAGAUAACGUUUAGUGUUAGAGACUGCGCCGUUAUUCAUACAGAAUCCUCAUUUGGCAGACACUGCGCAGGAAUAGUGACUUCACACGUUUAGGCACAUGGCGAGAAAUACCGUCUUCUUGCGCAGACAGAAGAAAUACGAAUUAUUGCUGCGCCUCUUUGUUUCAAUGAAAAGGAAAAGCAAUUAAUAUCACAGUAAUAUUAUUGUAUAUUACUACAGUCUUUUCCCUUAAAAUAAAACGUAUUGAUUACUACUGUGAAGCAAUUUGAUACCAUCACUACAUCAAACCUCCACCCCACGUGCACACCCACGCUGCAAUUACUCCAUCAGUGCUCCUAAUUAGCACAAGGUUUAAUUUGUCUGUGCCCACAUUGCCUCCAUCGUAGCAAGGCUAAGGGUUCGCAUUGCCGCAAGUCAAUCAGAAUAAUUUCUACGUUUCAUACGCCAUUGCUGCUGACUCAGAAAGCAGAGGAUGCCUCAAGGGGCAAAAAAUAAAUAAAAAUAAAAAUCCAACAUUUAACCCCUCCGAUCCACACUUUCAAUGUAAUAUCAACAGAAAUUACAGUCUUCAAUCUCAGCAGAGAGCAGGUUAAAAUUGCCAAACAAAUGUAUACAUCCUGCAAACAUUGAUUCUACAAAUUGCCUUCAGGAUUAUUUAUUUCCCAGUUUAACAUCCUGAUUGCAUAUUCAUGUCAAAAGCCUCCAGCGGCUGUAUAGUUUGGAAGCAAAUGUCGAUGCUCAAAAGAAAAUUCACAUGCUUACAGUAUUUUUCAUUAUUUCUCCAGCCUGCGUGAAGGAAUGCCUUAGUUAGAAGGAGGAUUUUAUUUGCAAAAUUAUUCGUGGAAAAAAAUAAAAAAAAAAUAAAAAAAUAAAAAAAAAUUAAUAUGUGAGAAACGUGACUUGUAUACAAUGGUUUUGAAAGAAAGACACAAUUUAGCUUCCUCGCCUUCCAAACGAUUUGUUUAACCAAUCUGAUCAUAACAAAUUUAGAGAGUGAGCUUCACAAUGAUUCGUUAAAAAAACCAACAAAUAAAAUUAUGAAAUUAACAAGCGCCUUAGGAAAAUUAAAAAUUUAUUUUUUUAGUUUUUACAUAAAUCCACCUAUUGUUGAAGAAAAACAAAAUGUGCAUCAGUAGGAGACACAAACAGCUCCACCAUUGAAGUCGUAGUGCGGAAGCACACAAAGAUGGCUGAGCGUUUUAGGAGUCAUUCCUUAGGCUGCAGUGGCAAAGAUUGCCUGUCUAACCCUGGUCUAGUAAAUACAAACAAAAUAUCCCAACACCCCCUCCUCCAUAUUGUGCUCACUGCAGAAAAAAAAAAAAAGAAAAAAAAAAGUCAGACGACCUUGAAUUUGACAUUGACAGCACUAUAGCCAAUACAGAGCCAUGAGCAAGGACUGCUGGCUUUCACUGCACCAAAAAACGUAGGAGGACAUUGCAGGGACUCAGUAUUAAAACACCCCAUUUACAUGGAUCCACCGCGUCCUCCCCUACCCCCAGCCAACCAUUGUGCGUCUCUUACAAUAAUUACAGUGCGAGCGUGGCAGAGAAAGCUUCCCGCUACUUCCUAUAACAGCACAGCACGCACAUGGAUUUAAGGAAAAGGGACAAAAAAAAAAAAUUCAUUUAUAUUUUAAUCAACCGUCACCAUGACAUCAGCUUAAAAUUAUUAACGCUGCCGGUAAUGUACUUUUUGUUUUGCUAUACAGCAGGUUGCAGCAUUGCCACAAUGUAUGGAUCAAUUUCUGUGCUCUAAAGAAAAGAAAAUUUAUAUUAAAAUGGUAUAGAUAGAAGCAGAAAUCUUCAUCAUUGUGACAAAGCAGUGUAUAAAUAGGACGUGGUUUUGUUUGCUGCCGCCCCACUCCCCCCCCAUUUGCCGCUGCAUUGGACACUCAGUGCAGCUGCAAGAAAAGUCCCCUCUCAGACCUUCAUUUAAAUUGCAAUUAAUGAAGGGGGUGUCACAGCUGACCUCUAAGGAUUCCAUAUAAAAAUCUGAACUCCGCAAUCCCCUGCGUAGUUGCUUACAAUUUAGAGAAUAAAUGUUAAUGUCCCUGCCGAAGAUUUCCUUUUAUACCAGAUUAGUCAUUAAACCGGAUACAAAGGUCACGACAUUACGCUACAUAUUGCAAAGCGAUCUGUUAGAAAAGUAAGAUGGCGUCCAUCAGAGCCUUCAUUUGAUCACUUCGAGGGAGAUAGAGCAAACUAUUGUGUGAGUACCUGUAUCAGAAGUAAAGCUGGCAAGAAACGGGUUUGUGAGAUGUGAAAAAUAAAAUUCACACCUUUGUAGAUAUUAUCCUGGAGCUGGGUGCCUCCAUCUUGGCUCCACUUCAGCUCAUUGAAGUGGUCUGGGUACAGUAGUAAUUAUUGCAGUUUCUGAUAACCUGCAAUAAUUACCUGCUAGGGUUAACUCCUCCUCUAGUGGCCGUCUACAAGACAGCCACUAGAGGGACUUUCGGUCGUCUAAAUGACGCUGGACAUCCUCACGCGCUGCAGGAGGACUUCUAGCGCCACCAGAAUCCCCGUAGGAAAGCAUUGAAUAAUGCUCAGCUAUGCUUAAAUCCUAAAGUGAGUGCAGCCAUUGCACACUUGCGCUUUAGCUCUCCUCCGCCAACUAAAAGCGGUGGAGGAGUAUGGGCGGAGCCUGACCCAGCACCGAGGGACAUCGGCACUGGAUUCAGGUAAGUGACUGAAGGAGUUUUAGGGGAGAGUGGGGGAUGUGAGGGAGUGGGACACUGUAGGAUUCUAUAGUGUCAGAAAAACGGCUUUGUUUUCCUGGCACUAUAAAAUCCAUUUAAAUAAAAACUUGUUCUCAAUGAAGUGGUUAUGGUGUCUGGAGCUACAUGGCGCCAUCUUACCUUCAAGCGUUACCAUUUUUAAACAGGUUAACACAGAAAGAGUGUCUAUAGCCACUGUGUCCGCUGCCACUCCUUCUGGAUCUCUCAGCACAUCACUGCUUGAAAUAAUGCUUAUUCAUUAGAACAGGCAGCAGAAUAGGGGAUACUUCAUUACUAACUGUUCAAAUUUCGAGAUAGACUAUUCCAGGCACCAUAACCACUUCAUUGAGUAGUUAAUAUCACUUUAAUGUAAAAAAAACAUUUUUCAAAUAGUGAAUAUGCCAUAUUUACCCAGUAAGAUUACACAUUUGCCUUAUUUUGUAAAUAAAUUUAAUGUACAAAAAAAUAAAAAAUUUACAGGAAAAAUCCCUGCAAUCUGUGCUUUGGCUGUGCCAGGACUGUACUGGAUUAUGAUUUUACUUCCUAGAUUCUUAAUAUAAAUUGAAAAGAAAAUGGAGCAUCACGUCAGAAGAGAGUUCGUAUAAUUAAUAAGAUGAUUGUCAAUUGUGUCAUUUCCAAGUUCCCUUUUAAAAAGGAGAAAUUCGUUGUCUGAUAUAGUUUUAGUUUAAUAGAUCUAAGGAAACGUCCCACCGUCACCGCGCAUGGAUCAAAGCUGAAUGUUAUACCACAGUCAUUAUGGGCGUUAGAGGCCAAUUCUUACGGGUCAAGCAUGGACUACGAGCAGAUAAAUUAGGGAUAAAUCUGCCAUUUCCUAGCUUGUUGGACUCUCCUAAGGAGCUGAAAGAUCUUAAUUUAACCGCUUAAAGGGAAACAAACUCGUUUUCCUGGCACUACAGCUUCCCCAUCUGUCAACCCCCUCGCCCCCUGUGGUGCAAAAGGGGUUAAUAACCUCUUCUGUCAUUUACCUGGGUCCAGUUCUGAUGUCCCUCGGUGCUGGCUCAGCUCUGCCCACGCUCCUCCUCCAGCGACGUCAGCCGGCCGGGGAGACCUAUAAAAACCUGCAAUAAUUACAUAAUCAGGGUUAAGGGUGAUGGGAGUUUGCACCCAGGCCACUUCAAUGAGUUGAAGUGAUUUUGGUGCCUACAGUGUCCCUUUAAUUCAAACCUUUCCUGAAGCAGAAGAGUCAUUAUUAUACCAACCUCCAUAGUGUAGCAUUGCCAGUCUGUGUUAUAUAGAAGCUACAUCUCCCAGCUAGGAUCACCACAAAGUACAGUUACAAACCCCAACACCAGACUAUGCUUCAGCCACCACUGUGAGUCUGCCAACGUUUCAACCCUCUCUCUCUUUAAUACUGACUCUGAGAAUUCAAAGGGAGUUUCAAAUUUAAAGCCAAGUAGAUAAACUGGAAACAGGUGGCUUAGAGAAUGUUUCCGGUUGGUCUAUUUUGACUUUAUAUUUAAAUUUCACUAUGAAAUGCCCACUGUAAGGAUUAACCCUGCUAGUCUGGUGGUGUGUUCGAUCACUUUUACUUUGUUGAGAUUGAGAAGCAAGAGACCCCUGUGACAUCCCCCAGAACCGACUUCACAAUGUGCUCCUUACCUGUUUGUGCUACACACCCUUAGGAAUGAAGAAAUGUUUGUUAUACACGUACAUCGUUCUAUAAAUAAUAUCUAUAGUGCCAUUCUAACACUAAUAAAAUGGAGCAGCCAUUUGGGGUCUUUUUUAAGACCCAAGGCUUUUCUUGUGAACAUGCCUGUUCAACCCAAAAUGACUGCAAGCUCUUUGGGACAGGUGUGUAUUUGCAGCCUACAACAUCCUUGGCACAGGCUGAAGAGACUGUAAUUGGAAGCUGUAUUGCUAUAAUGUAAAGUGGGGGUCCCUCCUGCAUAGUGUCCCUUUAAGAUGCCACUUACAUGAUUUAACCACAGAAUGCAGAUUUUAUACUAAACUGACAGAAGUCUACGCUAGAGGUGCGCAGUGACAUCACCCCAAGCAGGGCUUCUCCAAAUACUUGUAAAGGCUGCAGACAAUAGAUCAGCAGCUUUUGCAAGCCAUUGUUAAAUAUACCCCCAUUAAAAAAAGUAUAAUCAUAGGGGGUAUAUUUACUAAAUAGUGAGGUUUGUGCCAAUGGCACAUUGUUCCUUUAAGGUGAAUAUCAGUGGGGCAGGUUUACAGCCCAGUCAGUAUACAUGUAAAGUGUGUUCAGGAAAACACAAUGAAUGUGGCAAAGCAUAAAUUCCUGGAUCAGAGUUAUUCAGUAACGUGGGAUCUGUAAAGUGAAGACAAAUCACAAAAUCAGAAAACAAUCCACACCAGCUGGUUUUACCCCCUUAGCCGGAUCUCACAUAUAAAGUAUGUACCAGGUAAAAUGCAGACACAACUCUUUAUCACUGUGUAAUCCCUGUAUUCACUGUGUAAACAUCCGUGACAGGUUUCAAACAGGUAAAUAAAUCAUACAGAGUUAUUUAUGCGUUAAAACAUGUCUUGCACUAUUUAAUGGAACAUGUAUAGACCCCCAAAACUCUGCACCAACCAGUAACACUAACACAAUCAAUGCCUGAAGCCUUGCACUUGAUCCAGAUUUUAUAUUAUGAAUAGAUCCAGUAAUUGCAUCUAACCCUGAAUGAUACACAUUGUGAUAUAGAGCUGGGCAGCAGAGCCCUAAUUUAAAGUAAUCUGAAUUUACCUUAUUGGGUGUUAGUUCUGGGUCUCCUGGAAGAACAUUGUCUCCCAGAUUAGUUGUUUGGACACAAGUGAGCUAAUCAGCAGUUGGAUAAUAUGAUCCCAUACACCUGUAUGAAUCAGUUACCUGCAGCCAGGUGUGCAAACUCUCUCUCUGUAAAAAGCAACGAGCCUAUCUGUUAGACAAGCAAUAUUUUAUUAUUGAAUCGAGUUAUAUUUCCCUGAUAUUUUUCUGGCCAAACUGCUCGUUACCAGCACCUCCAAUGUAUCCAAUAGUCACAUUAAACUAUAUCAUCCACAUUUUACAUUCUAGACCGACACCCUUUAUACAGUAAUGGCAAGGAUCCACGUUUUCAUUGAGAGAUAUCGCUUCUAUGUGCUGAUGGGCAGGAUAUGAAAAGUGAUGUCCUGCUGUAUGUAGCAAUCAUAUGCUGCUGGAAAUGAACCAGUUACAUGAUCAAAGAAUGGCCAGUAGGAAUUGCCCUGAUUAAUGAUUUACCUCCUUACAGUAAGGGAGCUUUUCAUGCCCUGCCCAUCAGCAUGAAGGAAUAUCAUGGUGCCUACUGUAUACAGACUUCACACACUGCAGGCAAAAUCCAUUAUCAUAAAAAUUCUACAUACUACAAUGCAGCACUUUUCAUUAUUUCAUCCCCAUCUGUAUGGAGACCUGAUAUAUGUAAUAAAAAAAUAUAAAGUCACAGCAAUCAGCAGGAGCAAUCCAUUGGUUUCCAUGGUGAUUGCGCCACUUGAACGGAGCCCCAAAGUUUACUCCAAGCACUCUGUAGUGGUUAUGGUAUCUCUGGAUUACAAUCAUUGCUGCCUUGCAUUAACCAGCGAGGGCAGACGAUGCCCAAUUUUACAUAGUAAGAAAUAGUGCCACCCAUUCAGCUAGUCUGUCCUUAACUCAAGCCACCUACUCCUGUACUCAUCCAAACACAGUGCAGGUAGGUCCUGGGGCAGGAGGAGAGAUACAGCAAAGUCUGCUCUUGAGCAUAAGGACAACAGAGUGCCACAUGGAGGAGAGGGCAGAGCUAAGAAGACAUAGCGCCCCAUGGAGGUAAGGGCAGAGCUAAGCAGACAGAGCGCCCCAUGGAGGUAAGGGCAGAGCUAAGCAGACAGAGUACCCCAUGGAGGUUAGGGCAGAGCUGAGCAGACAGAGUGCCCAAAUGAGGUAAGGGCAGAGCUAAGCAGACAGAGUGCCCCAUGGAGGUUAGGGCAGAGCUAAGAAGACAGAGUGCCCCAAUGAGGUAAGGGCAGAGCUAAGCAGACAGAGUACCCCAUGGAGGUAAGGGCAGAGCUAAGAAGACAGAAUACCCCAUGGAGGUAAAGGCAGAGCUAAGCAGACAGAGUACCCCAUGGAGGUAAGGGCAGAGCUAAGCAGACAGAGAACCCCAUGGAGGUAAGGGCAGAGCUAAGCAGACAGAGCACCCCAUGGAGGUAAGGGCAGAGCUAAGCAGACAGAGCGCCCCAUGGAGGUAAGGGCAGAGCUAAGCAGACAGAGCGCCCCAUGGAGGUAAGGGCAGAGCUAAGCAGACAGAGCGCCCCAUGGAGGUAAGGGUGGGGCUAAGCAGACAGAGUGCCCCAUGGAGGUAAGGGCAGAGCUAAGCAGACAGAGCGCCCCAUGGAGGUGGAGGUAAGGGCAGAGCUAAGACAGAGCGCCCCAUGGAGGUAAGGGCAGAGCUAAGCAGACAGAGAGCCCCAUGGAGGUAAGGGCAGAGCUAAGCAGACAGAGCGCCCCAUGGAGGUAAGGGCAGAGCUAAGCAGGCAGAGCGCCCCAUGGAGGUAAGGGCAGAGCUAAGCAGACAGAGUACCCCAUGGAGGUAAGGGCAGAGCUAAGCAGACAGAGCGCCCCAUGGAGGUAAGGGCAGAGCUAAGCAGACAGAGUGCCCCAUGGAGGUAAGGGCAGAGCUAAGCAGACAGAGCGCCCCAUGGAGGUAAGGGCGGGGCUAAGCAGACAGAGCGCCCCAUGGAGGUAAGGGCAGAGCUAAGCACACAGAGCGCCCCAUGGAGGAGAGGGCAGAGCUAAGCAGACAAAGCGCCCCAGGGAGGUAAGGGCAGAGCUAAGCAGACAGAGUGCCCCAUGGAGGAGAGGGCAGAGCUAAGCAGACAGAGAGCCCCAUGGAGGUAAGGGUGGGGCUAAGCAGACAGAGCGCCCCAUGGAGGUAAGGGCAGAGCUAAGCAAACAGAGCGCCCCAUGGAGGUAAGGGCACUGCUAAGUAGAGUGCCCCAUGGAGAUAAGGGCAGAGCUAAGCAGACAGAGUGCCCCAUGGAGGUAAGGGCAGAGCUAAGCAGACAGAGCGCCCCAUUGAGGUAAGGGCAGAGCUAAGCAGACAGAGCGCCCCAUGGAGGUAAGGGCAGAGCUAAGCAGACAGAGCGCCCCAUGGAGGUAAGGGCAGAGCUAAGCACACAGAGCGCCCCAGGGAGGUAAGGGCAGAGCUAAGCAAACAGAGCGCCCCAUGGAGGUAAGGGCAGAGCUAAGCAGACAGAGUGCCCCAUGGAGGAGAGGGCAGAGCUAAGCAGACAGAGCGCCCCAGGGAGGUAAGGGCAGAGCUAAGCAGACAGAGUGCCCCAUGGAGGAGAGGGCAGAGCUAAGCAGACAGAGUGCCCCAUGGAGGUAAGGGCAGAGUUAAGCAGACAGAGAGCCCCAUGGAGGUAAGGGCAGAGCUAAGCAGACAGAGCGCCCCAUGGAGGUAAGGGCAGAGCUAAGCAGACAGAGCGCCCCAUGGAGGUAAGGGCGGGGCUAAGCAGACAGAGCGCCCCAUGGAGGUAAGGGCAGAGCUAAGCAGACAGAGCGCCCCAUGGAGGUAAGGGCAGAGCUAAGCAGACAGAGUGCCCCAUGGAGGUAAGGGCAGAGCUAAGCAGACAGAGCGCCCCAUGGAGGUAAGGGUGGGGCUAAACAGACAGAGCGCCCCAUGGAGGUAAGGGUGGGGCUAAGCAGACAGAGUGCCCCAUGGAGGUAAGGGCAGAGCUAAGCAGACAGAGCCCCAUGGAGGUAAGGGCAGAGCUAAGCAGACAGAGCCCAUGGAGGUAAGGGAGGGCUAAGCAGACAGAAGCCCCAUGGAGGUAAGGGCAGAGCUAAGCAGACAGAGCCCCCAUGGAGGUAAGGGCAGAGCUAAGCAGACAGAGCCCCAUGCUAAGCAGACAAGCCCCAUGGAGGUAAGGGCAGAGCUAAGCAGACAGAGCCCCCAUGGAGGUAAGGGCAGAGCUAAGCAGACAGAGUGCCCCAUGGAGGUAAGGGCAGAGCUAAGCAGACAGAGCGCCCCAUGGAGGUAAGGGUGGGGCUAAACAGACAGAGCGCCCCAUGGAGGUAAGGGCAAGCUAAGCAGACAGAGCGCCCCAUGGAGGUAAGGGCAGAGCUAAGCAGACAGAGCGCCCCAUGGAGGUAAGGGUGGGGCUAAGCAGACAGAGUACCCCAUGGAGGUAAGGGUGGGGCUAAACAGACAGAGCGCCCCAUGGAGGUAAGGGCAAGCUAAGCAGACAGAGCGCCCCAUGGAGGUAAGGGUGGGGCUAAGCAGACAGAGCGCCCCAUGGAGGUAAGGUAUGGGUUUACUCUGUAUUUUAACACUGCUUUUGUUCCCCUUUUCCUUCUUGCAGGUCUCAUCGUAUAUUUGGGAAUGAUGGUGGGUGCGUUCCUCUGGGGUGGACUAGCCGAUCGGAUUGGACGCAAACAAUGUCUCCUAAUCUCCCUUUCUGUCAACAGUGUUUUUGCUUUCUUCUCAUCCUUCGUGCAGGGAUACGGAACCUUCCUAUUCUGCAGGCUUCUUUCGGGAGUCGGGUGAGAGUCUUUAAUCCUACUUUCGAGAAAUUUGUCCAUGAAUUCAUCCUAAAACAAUCUAAUAGAUUCUGAUCUCCUUGAGAAAAUAAAAUAUGGCCUCUGUGAUCCUAGCACUUUAACCCCUUAAGGACACGUGACAUGUGUGACAUGACAUGAUUCCCUUUUAUUCCAGAAGUUUGGUCCUUAAGGGGUUAAACAUCAUGGUGCUGGCUCAUUUAAACACCCUAAAAACAUAUUGCAUGUCUUAAAGAAACACUAAUUAGAAGCAAAAAUAACUAAUGUAGGUAGAACCCCUUAUAAGAGUCACUAGAGCUACCACCAAUUAUAGAAGAUUAAGAAACCUUUAUUAAACAACGAGAUAAAAACGUAAAAAAGUGCAAAACUAAAAAUGUGCUUAAAGGACCACUACAGGCAUCCAGACCACUUCAGCUUAAUGAAGUGGUCUGGGUGCCAGGUCCAGCUAGGUUUAACCCUUUCUUCUAUAAACAUAGCAGUUUCAGAGAAACUGCUAUGUUUACCUAUGGGUUAAUCCAGCCUCUAGUGGCUGUCUCAUUGACAACCGCUAGAGGCGCUUGCGUGCUUCUCACUGUGAAAAUCACAGUGAGAGCACGCAAGCGUCCAUAGGAAAGCAUUGAGAAUGAGGGAGCCCGGCGCUGGAAAAAAGGUAAGGGAUUAACCCCCUCCUCCCCCUUCAGCACCACGGGAGUGGGACCCUGAGGGUGGGGGCACCCUCAGUGCACUAUAGUGCCAGGAAAACAAGUUUAUUUCCCUGGCACUAUAGUGGUCCUUUAAUAUGUGAAAGAAAGGAGAGGAACCGGGAGUAAUUAACCAGACAGUCCCCCUGCUGGUGGAAAGUGUAAAAAAAAUUUAAAUUAAAAUAAAUUAAAUUAAAUUAAAAAUAAAUUAAAAGUAUUUAUAUAUAUAUAUAUAUAUAUAUAUAUAAUAUAUACAUAUCAUAUAUAUGUAACGUCAUACGUAAUGUAUUUUAAUACUAAUAUUAGUAUAUAUAUUAGUAUUAAAAUACACUUAGAAUGACGUUACAUAUAUGUUUGUGACUAAGUGGCUACUAAAAAAGACUAAACAUACCCCACGUUCAAUACCUUGGGUUGUCUACUUUUUCAAAUGGUAUGCCAUUAUGGGGGUAAUUCUCAUUCCUGGGCUACCACACCGUCUCAGAGGUAACAUUACUAAUCUGGCAAAUUUCUAUUUGAAAAUGGAACUUUCUAUAUUUGACCCUGUAACUUUCCAAAACACCAUAAAACCUGUUAAUGGGGGUACUGUUGUACUCGUGAGACAUCGCUGAUUACAAAUAUGGGCAUUUUUUUUAAAGUAAAACCUAACAGUAUUAUGACAUUAACAGCUAAAAUGUGAGGCGGAACUACAAAUUUUUAAAAAAACUUAAAAUCUUUCACAGUUUUUUAAAUUUUAUUCAUAAUAAAUUAUGUUUCAUAUAUAAAUAUUUGAUAUGAGAUGAAAACCCUGUUUUUCCUGAACAAAAUGAUAUAUAAUAAGUGUGGGUGCACUUAAUGUGACAGCUGUGAAUUACGGUUGAACAGACAUAUAGCGCAAAUUUGUUUACGUUUUGUUUUGAUCAGAAUGUGUACUAUUGACUCCGUCCUGAAGGGGUUAAAGCUCCUAAUGUAUCAAAUAUAAUGGACACAAAAAUAGUGUCUCAAUAAUGAACUAAGCAAGCAGUGCAACACGGUGUCAAUAACGUUGUUAUCGGGUUAUGCCCGUUUUACCUAUAGUGACAGAGUAAGAUACAUUUAGCUUACAUCUGUUACUUUUCUUUUCUCUGUAACUAACAUAACACAGUUUAACUUGCUGAAAUGCUUUGUGUGUGAAUAGUGUGUACUGAUUUCAAUAGAAAUUGUCUCUAUUAUAAACAAAACUUGUUACAUCCCUUCCCCCCAGGCUAUCAAUCAGACAACCAGUUCUUUUACUUCCUGGUUUGUUUAGCUCAGUGGAGAUAAACUCUAGAGACAGUAAUUGCCCAGAGAACUUGCCUUACAUUGAGUUGCAUUGGGCAGUCUGUGAUUGGACAGCCACAAAGUCUGGGCGGGGUUAGAAAGGGAGGGGCUUGUGAAGGCUGCAGACCAGAGAUCUGCAGGUUUUACAAGCUGUUUUUAGAUAUAUCCCAAAUGGAUAAAAAGUAUUAUAAAUGCAUGCUUGUUUUUAUUGGUGGUAUCCUACUCCUACUAAACAUUGAUUUUGAUUUCCCUUUUUUUUUUUACAUUCAAGCAGCUCUGUGUUCUUUGGACAUUCAGACAGUAUAAACCUAAUAUCCGCUAGCUGUAUAGCAUAUGUUAAUGUUGGACAGUUGAAUGGUAUAAAGUAAUAUUAGAUGCUUAGACAGUAUGAGGUAAUUGUUAACUGCUAUAACUUAUUAUAUGAUAGUUGGAUGGUAUAAUGUAUUAUCAGAUAGCUGUACUGUAUAAGUUAAUAUUAAGCAGGUGGGUGCUAUGAGCUAAUAUGGGAUUGUUGGACAAUGUCAUAAUAUAUGUUUACAGGAUCCAACAACAGAGAAUUCAACACUGAGCUGCACUUCUAAUAAAAAGAAAAUACCCCCCUUUUCUCAGUUUCUGAAAUGUCUGUUAAUGUCUUUCCGUCUCUCGAGCCUUUUUCACUCAUCAGGGUCUAGUCACUUAAUUCAGGAAUUGAGAAUAACUGAAAAGAAACCAUAACAUUUUAAACCCCAAUAGUUAAGCUUAGUAUAUUAUUCAAAUAAACUAUUUCAUCCUAAACUUUGUACCCCCUUAUGACCAUACAUUACUUUUCUCUGUGCUAUUCUCAAUACUAAAUGUCUUGUUCUCUCCUUCCUAGCAUUGGAGGUUCCAUUCCUAUUGUAUUCUCUUAUUUCUCUGAGUUCCUGGCCCAAGAAAAGAGGGGAGAACACUUGAGUUGGCUCUGCAUGUUUUGGAUGAUUGGGGGCAUCUAUGCCUCAGCCAUGGCAUGGGCAAUCAUUCCACAUUAUGGUAAGGAACAGCAAUGGGUGCAAAUUCGCCACACAGUAACAACGCUGUAUGAAAGGAUUUACAUAAGUUUAACUCAUUGCAUUAGAAAGUUGUGUUAAAAGAGUUCAUGUGUGCAUAAUGCUAUUAGGUCAUUUCACUGACUUCCUGUGAUAUCCCAGAGAAAUGGGACUUAUAAUGAUACAGUCAAUGUAUGUUUUAAAACAGAAAAAAAAUUUAACAUCACUGCUUGCAUGACAAUUUUUUUUAAGCAGUUUAACAGUUUAUCCAACCAAAUAAAACCCAACAUUUGGGCAAAAGAUUAAUUUUCCAUAAGUUGAUGAACACCAAAAAAGGUUGAACCGGAAAUUAUAGGAAAUUAGAUGGGAUGGAAUGCAAAUUUUUGGUCGAAUAGAUUAAAUUCUCCAACACGGCUAUUUUAUAGCUCAUUUAUUUUGAUCUGAGUUUUUACAUUUUUCUGGUGUCCUAUCUAUAUGUUAUGUUACUUUACUUUAGUUUAUGGUUAUAUGAAAAAUGUAAAAAUUACCACAGACCUGUAAUAAAAAAGUUGUGUAUUAUGGUAUUGUACCGGGUGUUCUAGAAUUCGGAUGCAUUCUGCACUAUUGUAAGCCUCCCAUGCUCCUGUUUCUCAGUGCUGGGUAGCAUGACUGUCGUCGUCGCAGGUUUUUUUAAUUACACCAUUCAUUUGAAUGCUUUGCAGGAUGGAGUUUCCAGAUGGGAUCUGCUUACCAGUUCCAUAGCUGGCGAGUAUUUGUGCUUGUGUGUGCGUUUCCUUCAGUGUUUGCGCUUGGAGCUCUUACCACCAUGCCUGAAAGCCCUCGUUUCUACUUGGAGGUAAGAAGAUACAGUGACUCUUUACCUGAAAUUAUUGCCAUUUGGCGAGAACAAAAGUGAAAUCUGGUGAAAGAGAACGUGAGCUGAGAAGGAAGGGAAAGCGAGCUGGGGAGAAAAGGACCACAAGCUGGGGGACAGGGAAAGGGGGCUGGGGAGAAAAGGACCACAAGGUGGGGUACAGAGAAAAUGGGGUUGGGUAAAUAGGACCAUGAGCUGGGGGACUGAGAAAGGGGGCUGGGGUAAAAAGGACCACAUGCUGGGGGACAAGAAAAGGGGGCUGGGGAGAAAAGGACCACAAGCUGGGGGACAGAGAAAGGGGGCUGGGGUAAAAAGGACCACAUGCUUGGGGUACAGAGAAAGGGGGCUGGGGUAAAAAGGACCACAUGCUUGGGGUACAGAGAAAGGGGGCUGGGGUAAAACGGACCACGAGCUGGGGAGACAAUGUAAACCUAAAAAUGUGAAGAAAUAUACAAAAUCUGUAUGAAAGAAAUUUAAAAAUGGCAUCAUGAUAAGGCUCCUAAUACAUCUUGAGAGAUACCCCGGCCUGUCUACCUUUAUACGUAGCGUACAGGUAUAGGGUAAUAUAAAUCUGCUAAAAUGCCCAAAAAUUAGAUAAAGAUAAAGCAAACAUUCAAAUUCCAAGUUGGAAAAGUGAAAUUUAAAGAUUUGACUCUGUAACAUGUCAGAAGCCUGGCAGUAAUAUACAAUAAUAUCCAUGGGUGUUUUGCUAUAUUUUAUAUUGUUUGGUUUUCAUACACAGGGAUUUUUACUAAAUUGGGAAUUGUUGAGAAUUCAAAGCGAUUUUCCAAAUUUAGGCCAAACUAGCCAAAUUAGAAACAUUCUCCAAGACAAUUCUGUUACAGUUUUUAAAUUUUGGUCUGAAAUUUGAAAUUCACUUUGAAUUCUCCCUUUCGUGAAUAACCCUUAAUUAUGCAGAGAUUGGUAGCAAAACGUCCAAAUGAAAUGUAUCUCCUGAAAAUGUUACUCAAUAAUAAAUGAAUUUAUUCUGAAGGCCUUGCAUGCAUUUUUACGCAUAAUUAUGGGCAAAACCAGAGGAAGUGUGCUUUGCAUUGAUUUGUACUUUUUCCAUGAUAAAUCAGAAGUUAUUUAUAAACUUGUUUUUUUCCAGAAUGGAAAACAUGACGAAGCUUGGAUGGUGCUGAAACAGGUCCACGAUACCAACAUGAGGGCCAAAGGUCACCCGGAGAGAGUGUUUUCUGUAAGGAAUUAUCUGAUUGCUAGAUACAAUUCAAAUCGCAAUUCUGUCUUUCAAACAGGGACCGUCUCGCCGUGCCCACACCUAUCGGGGUGUUUUAUGGUCCAUAAACAGACCAAUCAAAUAAAAUUACAGUCCUAGCAACUGUUAAAUCUGUGCAGCGCUCGAUCUUCGGCCUAGUGCCGGAGCUUACAGGAUUAUGUUAAAAUAUACAGCCUGUCACCACCAAAAAUCUACCCUGAAACCCAACUAAUUCCAUUUGUCUUGAAUUUAAUAUCUUUAUUGUUCAAUGAGCUGAGCUGCAAAGAAUCUAAAGUCCGUUUCUAGGCCAGUUAACUCUAACAACUCCAACCAUCUUGCUGUUUCUUAGGUGACGCAGAUAAAGACCAUAAAACAGGAGGAUGAACUCAUUGAGAUCCAGUCCGAUACGGGUACCUGGUACCGCCGAUGGAUGAUUCGAAUCCUCAACUUAUCCCAACAGGUAGGACCCCCGACAUUGGGUGGGACUAAUCUACUGACAACAUGACCGCAACGUAUUCCUGGAUCUUCAGUACAGAUUCAUUUUUUACUAGUAUUUUUUCAGUGAUUGUGACAUGCCUCUUAAGUCUCAGAAGGCCUUUAUCCCCAUAUUAAAUUUCAAAGCCCAUAUUGACAUACCGAUUACCAAUUUCUUGUCUGCAUACCAAUUCUUAAGACCAAAUACCCAUAUACAGCCUAAAAACGAGCUUUAUAUCUCCGUUCCUCUCUUUAUUCCUCUUUGCUUCUUUUCCCUACAUAUCGUUAUUAACCCACCCCUGGUUUUAUCUACUGGGUGCCUGACAGAGUACAAUGGCCAUGUCCGUUAUAUAUGAAUGGCUGAAUAUAUUUGUUACAAGUGUUCCUGUAAUAACUAUGAUUUUCAUUUUUAUCCAUACUUCAAGAAAGUAUUGUGACCAACUGACUUCAUUUAGAAGCUGGCCUUAGUAUAAUUCCUGUAGUCAGACUAUUUGUAUUUUAUACUCUUUUUUUAUAUUCAAUUCAUAAAGCAAUGGUUAAUAAUAAUUUGUAAAACCAGACACAUUAAGAAUGGUAUUGGCGUUUUUAUACAGUCAGAGAAAAGCAACAUUUUAUAAUCUAUAGAAACUCUGUAAAACAAUAUGUUCACCGGCAAUAACAUUGUUUGAAGUUGUCUACCUUUCUUGUUCUUUGUUUAUAUUAGAUAUAACCAUAUCUGUGUUUACUUUAUGCAUUGUCGCCUCAGGUGUGGGGUUAGUUCCACAUUUAGACAUUUAAUUGGGUCUUGGAAAACUACAGGUUUUCACUACAUGCCUUGAUAUGGGUGGCAAGCACAAUGUGUAGCAGAAAGUCAGGACAAGUCCUUAUCUAAAGGUCACGUCACGUGAGAGAUAUUCUUUGGUGACCCCACUUUGUAGCAUGUGUUAUGUGGGUUGUAGCGGUUACCCCGAUGAGUAGAGGGGUUUCCACCGCUAGAGGGUGUCCUUCUCCCGAUGAGCGAUGGGUAUUCUCAGCAUCCAGUAGUCAUCCAAGUUAAGAAGUUCUUAAAGCGGCACUGUCAUGCCGAACUUACCUUUCCUCAAUCUCUUUCACUUCUCCCCCUCUCUCAGGAUCUGUUAUUCUUUUCUUCCUGUCUUCUUUAGUUUUCUUUAAAAUCAUAAGACAAAGUAGGGACUCUUUGCCUUAUGGAGGUUUCCUCCGCUUGACCUGCUUUGACCAGCGGAGGAGCAAAGUGUGUUUCAUUUCCGCUGGUCAGAGCAAUAUUCCCAUAAUUCUUACCUUUCCUCUGUGAUCUUGCGAUGCUUCAUGUCAUUUUAGACGAAACUGACGAAUUGCGUUCUAACUGAAUGAGAACAGUAUGUUCGUUUCUUUUAGAACGCAAUUCGGCACUUUGAUCGUAUCGGAAUUUCAUUAGAAUGAAUGAAACUCCGAUUCAAUUUGUGCCGCGGCUGCAUCUUACAGCCGCUUAGUAGAUAACUCCCAAAUUCCCACGGUAUCAGGGAGCUAUCUACCAAAAGGCUGAAAGACCUAAAUUGGUCUUUCAGCCAACUUUACUAAUACUAAGUAAAAAUUACUUAGUAUUAGUAAAUGACCUGCCCCUACUCGCUAUACCGCGAGUAGGGGCAUGUCUAUUAAACAGUAAAAAACUGUAAAACUGUAAAAAUAAAAUAAAAUAACCUAUUGUGCCCCACCCCUGAGCAGUGUGUGGACAAUCGGGGCGGGGGGAACCUACUGACCUCCCCCCCUGGCCCCCACUCCUGCGCGGUGGGUGGGGGCCAUAAAUUUCAAUGGGGGGGACCUACUGUCACCCCCCCCCCGGCCCCACCCUUGAGCGGUGGGUGGGGGCCAUAAAUUACAAUGGGGUGGGGGGGGACCUACUGUCCUCCCUGUCCCCCGUCCCCCACCCUUGAGCGGUGGGUGGGGGCCAUAAAUUACAAUGGAGGGGACCUACUGUCUUUCCCCCCGGCCCUCACCCCUGCAUGGUGGGUGGGGGCCCUAAGACAAAUCCCCCCAUCAAAGGUGACUAGGGAUUUCAAGCCACCCAAUCAGAGUGCUCUGUGUCAUUUUAUACAGCGUGGGAAAGUUCUUUGGAAUUUUCCCAUGCUUUCUAAUUUGACUCAUAACACUCUGAUUGGUGUGCUUGGAAUCUAACCAAUCAGAGUGCUCUUUGUCAUUUUACACAGCUUGGGAAAAUUCCUAAGAACUUCCUCCCCAUUGUAAUUUUUGGCCCCCACCCACUGGUGGGUGGGGGCCGGGGGGAGAACAGUAGGUCCUUCCCCCUCACCCCCCUCAUUAUCUUUAUGGCCCCCACCCACCGCUCAAGGGUGGGGGCCGGGGGGGAGGACAGUAUGUCCCCCCCAUUGUAAUUUAUGGCCCCCACCCACCACGCAGGGGUGGGGGCCGGGGGGAGGACAGUAGGUCCUCCCUCCUCAUUAUCUUUAUGGCCCCCACCCACCACGCAGGGGUGGGGGCCAGGGGGGAGGACAAUAGGUUCCCCCCCUUAUUGUUAUUUAGGGCCCCCACCCGCCACGCAGGGUUGGGGGCCUGAUAGUAGUUUUUUGUUUUUUUUUACAGUGAGCAGCCACAGGCUGCUCACUGUUUAGUGGACAUGCCCCUACUCGCGGUAUAGCGAGUAGGGGCAUUCGGGAGAUUUUAAUCUCCCUUAUGCUAUUAUGGGGGUCAUAUUGACCCCUAUAGAGUGAGGGAGGACAUGGGGGGCUUUGGAAGUGGCGGGGAGCAUUGCUCCCUGCCGCUUCUAUCUUUACAUAUUACAAGGAGGGAGCUGCGCGCCGGUAGCUCCCUCCUUGUAAUAAACUGAAUGAACAAACGAACAAUGAUAUUCGGUAUUUGUUUGUUCGUCUGAUUUUACUAUUCAUUCGUCUUUCUGACAAAUGAAUGAAUAGAUGAAAUUCCUGUUCGCAUGCCUAAGUGUUUAACUGGGCAUGUGCGGGAAUCUCACAGGCUAUCUAGUGUGGACAGAUGACGUGUCCCACAGGGACUUCCUCUACCCACACAAAGAUGGCGGCGCCCUGAAUAUAGAUCGGGGCAGAAAAUAAAGAUUAAAAAAUAGGUAAUAUGGGGGGCUUAGGGGCAUUUGAGGGUGACUAGGGGGUCAGUUAGAUGUAGUGGAAUCGGAAGGGGGGUUAAAAAAAACGGGAUUCGGCCAUGACAGUGCCGCUUUAAAAGAGCUAGUGUUAUAGCUGUAUAGCAGUUUCCCCCAAUAAGAGACAAGACUCUAGAUUGAGGGUGAAGUAGAACUGAUCUAAUGGGCACACAAGCAUUUCGUUUAUGCAAGUUUUUCAACAAGGUUACCACCCACCUGGACCUUGUUGGGCACUGAAGACACAAACUUAACAACCAAUCAUUUACAGUUACACAGUUAAACACUCCCAUUCAUUACUGCACAUUCCUCCCCUCCGCUUGGGAGAUAAUUGAGUUAAUUGAGGUAUCAGCUCAUUUAUCUCCAAGCGAAAAAAUAUACUUUUUACUCAGUUUUUAUAACUUCAAAACUAUACAUGCAAUUUCAACAAAGCUUAUAUUUUCUGAACCAGCAUAAUUAGGGAACAAACAUAUCCAACAAUAAUAACAAUCGGUUCAGAGGUUCGGGAGAUAGAUGGAAGUCUAUUUUGACCGACCACAUGCAUGAUUUCAUACCCAAAACAGUUCCACAGAUUCAGGCUGUGUGGCCGGUCUAAGUUCAAGGUGCCUAUUGAGUUAAUCAAUAGUAUUUACAGGACUCAGUGGAAAUGGAACUUAAGGAUAAAAAUAAGAUUGUAAAGAUAUAUUAAAUGUAUUAUAGGAUAAGAUGUAUCAGCUGAUCGGAUCAAUACCUCCCAUGUGAAAGGGUAGGAAAAACCCGAAAAUCGCUGAAAAAAUGUGCGGCCGGUCUAUCUUCUCCUUCAAAUAAAGUACAAAUUGCACAAACGAUCCGUUUAUGCUCCAGAAAUAGCGCUCUGUUUGUAUGAUUUUAGCCGAACACACGGAAGGUAGAAGUCUCAGCGGUGUUCGUGGAAAUAGUAGCCGAAAAUAGUUCCACGUGUUCAAUGACAAAACACUGCUGAGUGCUUUCGACUAAAUAAAAUGGCCGCCGACACGUGUUCGUACAGAUGAACGCCGACCACCCUGUUGAUCAAUUAGAACAUUGGGGUGUGCGUGGUUUUGGAGGUGUUAAUACAGUCAGGGAGGGUAAUGGGUGCCACACUCCUGUUUUGGGUGGUCGGUCGUUCGGCAGGAAAUUCGUGAUUCAAACGGCUCUUAGCCCAAUAAAGGUUCAUUCAUUUUAGAUGAAUAGUUUUAAACGAACAGAGUUUUUCAAGGUUUAAAAAUCAGGGACAGAGGGUCUGUCACAUGGGUCAUAUCAUAUAAUGCCAAACAUGUGCUUCUCUUUCCAUGUGUUACCACUGUUUUGAAUUUACAAAGAAUUCAUAAUUUGCUAUCUGUGCCUCAAGUCUUUUAAGAAGUCAAUGAAUGGGUGGGGUUAAGCAAUCAAAUGGCGCAGACGCCAUUUCACACAGCUUCGGGCCCUACAAUCUUAAUCUAACAAUAAUUAGCCAAAUUCUGCUUCAUCGACUUCCAAAAGUGACAGCCGAGCCCGUGGGACGACUCAUGGAACAUCUACAUGCCAUUCUUUUACGGAUCGCAUGCUAAAUCGACCCGCAAGACACGGAGGACAUAAAGGCCCAGCGACCUGUGGUUUCCUGCAGGGCAUGCGGAGACCUUAACCGACUGGGCUCACUACUCACCUCCUGGCACGACGCAUAUCUCGCCAGAGAUGGGGCGCAAAAGGAACAAAGACUCCAGCCACGGCAUCCCCUGGGACGAGAGACUUCAGCAAAUUAUUAACGGGCACUCCAAACCCAGACCAGGCGGACAAAGAGGCCUCAACAGACCUGUCAGACGAAGAGGUCAGUCCACCCCGAGCAAGGCCUACCAAGCCUACGCCAUCAGGCUCCAGUGCACCUGAAGCAGCGCCAGCUUCAACACCCUCCACGAAACAAGACAUAGCAGACCUAUACAGGGAGUGCAGAAUUAUUAGGCAAGUUGUAUUUUUGAGGAUUAAUUUUAUUAUUGAACAACAACCAUGUUCUCAAUGAACCCAAAAAACUCAUUAAUAUCAAAGCUGAAUAUUUUUGGAAGUAGUUUUAGUUUGUUUUUAGUUAUAGCUAUGUUAGGGGGAUAUCUGUGUGUGCAGGUGACUAUUACUGUGCAUAAUUAUUAGGCAACUUAACAAAAAACAAAUAUAUACCCAUUUCAAUUAUUUAUUAUUACCAGUGAAACCAAUACAACAUCUCAACAUUCACAAAUAUACAUUUCUGACAUUCAAAAACAAAACAAAAACAAAUCAGUGACCAAUAUAGCCACCUUUCUUUGCAAGGACACUCAAAAGCCUGCCAUCCAUGGAUUCUGUCAGUGUUUUGAUCUGUUCACCAUCAACAUUGCGUGCAGCAGCAACCACAGCCUCCCAGACACUGUUCAGAGAGGUGUACUGUUUUCCCUCCUUGUAAAUCUCACAUUUGAUGAUGGACCACAGGUUCUCAAUGGGGUUCAGAUCAGGUGAACAAGGAGGCCAUGUCAUUAGAUUUUCUUCUUUUAUACCCUUUCUUGCCAGCCACGCUGUGGAGUACUUGGACGCGUGUGAUGGAGCAUUGUCCUGCAUGAAAAUCAUGUUUUUCUUGAAGGAUGCAGACUUCUUCCUGUACCACUGCUUGAAGAAGGUGUCUUCCAGGAACUGGCAGUAGGACUGGGAGUUGAGCUUGACUCCAUCCUCAACCCGAAAAGGCCCCACAAGCUCAUCUUUGAUGAUACCAGCCCAAACCAGUACUCCACCUCCACCUUGCUGGCGUCUGAGUCGGACUGGAGCUCUCUGCCCUUUACCAAUCCAGCCACGGGCCCAUCCAUCUGGCCCAUCAAGACUCACUCUCAUUUCAUCAGUCCAUAAAACCUUAGAAAAAUCAGUCUUGAGAUAUUUCUUGGCCCAGUCUUGACGCUUUCAGCUUGUGUGUCUUGUUCAGUGGUGGUCGUCUUUCAGCCUUUCUUACCUUGGCCAUGUCUCUGAGUAUUGCACACCUUGUGCUUUUGGGCACUCCAGUGAUGUUGCAGCUCUGAAAUAUGGCCAAACUGGUGGCAAGUGGCAUCGUGGCAGCUGCACGCUUGACUUUUCUCAGUUCAUGGGCAGUUAUUUUGCGCCUUGGUUUUUCCACACGCUUCUUGCGACCCUGUUGACUAUUUUGAAUGAAACGCUUGAUUGUUCGAUGAUCACGCUUCAGAAGCUUUGCAAUUUUAAGAGUGCUGCAUCCCUCUGCAAGAUAUCUCACUAUUUUUGACUUUUCUGAGCCUGUCAAGUCCUUCUUUUGACCCAUUUUGCCAAAGGAAAGGAAGUUGCCUAAUAAUUAUGCACACCUGAUAUAGGGUGUUGAUGUCAUUAGACCACACCCCUUCUCAUUACAGAGAUGCACAUCACAUCUAAUAUGCUUAAUUGGUAGUAGGCUUUCGAGCCUAUACAGCUUGGAGUAAGACAACAUGCAUAAAGAGGAUGAUGUGGUCAAAAUACUCAUUUGCCUAAUAAUUCUGCACUCCCUGUACGAGCGUAUAUGCACGCUGUUCGAUGUGGACAUAGCGCUGGUAAAGGAAGAAGUACAUGCAGUCACGGAGAGGGUAUGAGUCACAGAAGAGGAAGUGAUGGGUCUCAAGCAGCGCCUCACCGCCUUGGAGGAGACGGUACAAGCGCUGCAGAGUUCACAAACUGCCAUGGAUGACCGAGGCUGCAGAAAGACCCUCAAGAUCAGAGGGGUCUCAGACGCGGCGACAUCAGAAGAGCUUCCUCACAUGCUCCGAAGAUUGCUGGCCACAGUACUUCCUGCCAAACAGGCGAAGCCGAUAGUCCUGGAUGGUGCACACCAGAUCGUGAAGUCGCCAAGAGUUGCCUAGAGACAUUAUCGUGCGAUUUCAAACCUUUGACUCACACCAAUUGACUUUUUACCAGGAUCUUGCCCGCUCCAACCUGCAUUGGCGCAAAACUAUACGGCGUAUAACCCGGAGAUUACAAGAAGCGAGUAUACCAUGCCGGUGGCCCUUACCACGGGCCUUAACCGUGCAGGCGACGGAAAAAACACACAGGAUCACAUAACCUGAUGAGGCUUCCAAGUUCCUGACAGCUCUCGGUAUUGCGGAACAACCAUGCGAGAUCCAGAGGCCUCCACAAGGGCACUGAUGGGACGUCCCGAACGUUAUACCCUUCAUUCCCUCCAGGGAACGAAACUCAGUUACUUAACUAAAACAUAGCAAACCGUUAAACUUAUACUCCUGCAGUUAGGAAAAGUUACAUUAUGCUUUAGUUUAAUUACGUUUUAUAACGUUUUCUUUCAUUUGUAACUGUCCACAUCUUUUCAAUGGCUUUAAGGCGUCAGAGCUGCUUCCCGAUCCCGGGAAAAUAGUCUAGUCACACAGGCUAAUAAGCAGUGGGGUGGUACCAAAGCUUUUUCCCUAGGACAACGUAAUGAGGUACAUUCCGUAUGUCAGUUACUUGUCGUCAGAUAUCCCCAUUUUAUAAUUGGACAGUGCUGCAGACUUUGUAGGCACUGUAUAAAUAAUAAUAAUAAUAAUAAUAAUACUAUAAACAUUUUCCAUGUUUCCAUGUCAAAGUCAGAUCCUGAUUUACUAAACGUCUAUGAUGGAAAUCGGCUUACUCUAGUGAAACCCAUUUUUAAUAAUGUUUUUCCAUUUAAAGCAGUUGAGCAUAUUGCUAUCUGACAAUAUCUAAUUAGCUAACUGACAAUAUCGUGAUAAAUCUUGCCAUGUUAAUUAGUAUAUUUUGUUUUUUCAGGAUUUUGUGUUACAGUAAUCCUUGUUUCUGUACUUUCAGGUCUGGGCCAAUUUCCAUGACUGCUUCGCCCCCGAAUAUCGCCGGAUCACCCUGAUGAUGAUGGCUGUGUGGUUUACUAUGUCUUUCAGGUACGCCUUGCGGAAACAAAAUGCCGAGCCUUUUAUAUGUCACAUGCAGACAUAAUGGGUAUUCCAUUAACGAAUAUAAUUUAAUAGACUAUUAAUUAGAACGACGAGUCAUGUUUAUUUCCUCCCAGAUAGUCUCUCAUCAGGAACCAGACACAUUCUGCUAAUUGUCAUUUAGUGCAGUGACGGUUAACCAUGGCACUCUGUAUAUUUGUGACCGACAUUCUCCAUGAUACCAGGAGUGAUGUCACAAUGGCAACUGUCUCUCUCCAAUUUGUCUGUUUGUGGCUCACUCCUAUCAGUCUGUCUCUCUCCUGUUUGUGACACUCUCCUAUCAUUCUUCUUUCUGUCUGUCUAUUAUUCCAGUCUGUCUAAAUGAUCAAUAUGCCUGUCCAUUUUUCUGUCACCAAUCAGUCUGUCUCCUAUCAAUCUGUAUCAUAUCAGUCUGUCUCCUAUCAAUCUGUCUCAUGUCAGUCUGUCUGUCUGUCUCCUAUUAAUCUGUCUCCUAUCAAUCUGUCUCAUAUUAGUCUGUCUGUCUUCUAUCAGUCUGCCUGUCUGUCACCUAUCAGUCUGUCUCAUAUCAGUCUGUCUGUCUGUCUCCUAUCAGUCUGUCUGUCUCCUAUCAAUCAAUCUAUCUCAUAUCAGUCUGUCUAUCAAUCAAUCUGUCUUCUAUCAAUCCAUAUGUCUGUCUUCCAUCAUUCAGUCUGUGUGGUCCCUGAGGAAGCCUGACAAGAGGGAAAUGCGUUGGACCAUUUUGCUGAUGUUUUAUAUAUUUUAAUAAAUAUAUUUUAUUUGCCAAGAUUAAUGUCACAAUUUACAGACUUUCAGCUGUUUGCAAUGAACAAAUCAAACAAAAGCAAUUGAAAUAGCUCAACACAACGAAUGGCUCAAAUCGUUUUCCCAAAUUCAAUUGAAAAUUCUACUUAUAAUGACUUCUCCAGUCUCAAAAUGAUUCAACCCCUGAAUAGAAUCCCUCACAACAGCAGGAAUAUACAAAACAAAUGUUGUCUUAAGUACACCUGAUGCAACUAAUCAAAGACUUUAUUAUUUGCAAAAGAUGUGUUUGAGCUGGAACACUUGAAAUACCUGAACAGGCUUGGGGUUUGCUGAGUGUCAUGUUUGACUGCAUGUCAUAAAUAAUGGUCCACAAAGUUAAGAGAAGAGAUCAUCGCCCUUCACAAACAAGGCACAGGAUACAAAAUGAUUACGAAGGCACUGAAUGUUCCUAGAGACACAGUUGGAAGUAUAGUUCGCAAGUUCAAAGUUGAAGGAACAGUCUUUACACUACAACCAGAUUUCUGAGAAGGCAGUUUGUGAAAAACCCUCAUGUGACUGCAAAAGACCCGAAGCAAGACUUGGUGGCAACAGGCACUGAGGUUUCAGUGAACACAGUAAGGUGGGUACUAAACCCAGAAGGUUUCCAUGCCAGAAUUCCAAGAUGUACAUCACUAUUGAACCAAAAGCACAAGAAAAGUUGGAUCCAGUAUGCUCAAAAAUCAUAUAAAUAAACCACAGAAGAUUUGGGAUUCUGUUAUGUGGAAGAAAACUGAAACUUUUAUGCCCAAUAGAUCAGAGGUAUGUCUAGAUGAAGAAGAAUGAAGCAUAUGCUGAAAAGAACUCUGCCUACAAUUAAGCACUGUGGUGGCUCAGUGGUGCUCUGGGGCUGCUUUGCCUCCUCUUGCACUGGAAACCUGCAGCAUGUGGAAGGGAAGAUGGCUUCAUUGAAGUAUUAGGAAACCCAAGGAGAAAACAUCAUGCUGUCUGUGAGGAAGCUUGGGCAUCACUGGACCUUCCAACAAGACAAUGAUCCCAAGCAUACCUCCAAUUCCACCAAGUCUUGGUUGCAGAAGAAGUCCUGGCAAAUCCUACAGUGGCCAUCACAGUCACCUGACUUCAACACCAUGAAAAUCUUUGGUGGGAUUUGAAAAAGGCGGAUGCAGCACGCAAACUGAAGAAUAUUAUUGAACUGGAGGACUUUGCUCAUGGGCAAUUGGCUAAGAUUCCUCAGGAACACUACCAGAGGCUGGUGUCUGGCUACGCAUCUCGUUUGCAGCCGGUCAUAACGGCUAAAGGGUGCUCUACUAAGUACUAAAUACGCUUGCCAUGAAGGGGUUGAAUAAUUUUGAGACUGGAGAAGACAUUAUAAGUUGCAUUUUCAGUUGAAUUUGAAUAAACCACUUGAAGCGUUUGUUGUGCUGAGCUAUUUCAAUUGCGUUUGUUAGAUUUGGUCAUUGCAAAUGGCUGAAAGUCUGAAAAUUUAAAAAAUAGACCUGAUUUUUAAUGGGGGUUAAUAAUAUUGAUUAAGAGCAUUUUACCCCCCAUACUAUUGGGGGUAGCACCCACACUUCCUGUGAAUGCAGUUUUACUUAUAACUGUAUUACACUACCAGAUAUGGUGAGCUGCAGAGGGCCACAUUGUGAUUUCACUGCUGUAGUAAUGUCUGCAGCUCUGUCUGCCUUCAUAAAAUCUCCAGACUGAGACGUGAGGUGAGUUUUGCCAUUGUAUGCUUAGUGCAGAAUGCCUGCAAGGUGCCGCGGCCCCUCCUCCCGUCCCCCACGCAUUUCAACAUUAAUUAGGCAUGACAGGCCUGUGUGUACGAUGCACCAGAUUUCUUCUCUCACUGUCAGAUCCGACUCCUCUCGUUUGUCCUACAUAACAACUCCAGAUACAAAUGGGCUAGCACUUCACAGAACAAAAUAUAAAGAUGGGAGAAAAUAAAUUAUUUUUAUGUAUACAAAGCUCAGUAUAACUUUAUAAUGAUCAGUUAAUGAAAUCUAUUGCACAUUCGUAGCUUCUCUUAAACACACACAAGUAUAGAAAAUUCUAGAAAGAUAAACACACUGUAGAAACCUUUUUUUCUGUUUCGCCCAUGAGAAAAGGAUGAGGGAUACUAGGGAUACUAGGGAUGAGGGAUACUAGGUAGACUGCGAGAAGACUGAGUUGUUCUAAAUUGGGGGAUUGAAUGUCAGGUAGAGAGAGGAUGUCCUAAACAGAAGGAAUGUGUUGAUGACAAUGGCGAGAAGCUGAGUUAUCAAACAGAAAGCGAGUGUGUCCAUAUCUGGAAUAUUCUGAGUUAGAUAAGUGGAGCUUAGUAUUUUUUGGCCCGUUAGACAUUACAAAUAGAAGGCAAUACGACCAUAUAAAAAUUAGGUGGAGAAAACAGGCAGAUGUGAUGCCAUGCUGGGUUUACAAGGAAAAUGAAGGUUGAUAGAAUGAGUGGAUGUAUAGGACCUAAACAGGAGAACAUGCUGAGUGGAGUGAUGGGUGUUUAGAAGCGGCUGGAUUUCUCAACUCUUAUCUAAAUGUCAACAAGUAGCAUAUAUUCCCUGUUAUAUCAAUCUUUUAGAGGAAGUACAAGUACGUAGGCAAUGCCAGCAACCAUGAGCUGUACAUGCCAUACCACACUCUAACCCGUGUGCCCAGCACCAGCCUGGAGACGAAUUUGGCCAAUGUCGAGGAUGAAGACAAUCAUAGUAUUGGCAGCCUUGGUGCACCUUUCUCUUUCUUGUCUCUGUGAGUUUCUCCCUUGGCACAGUGGAAGUGGGGCAGAACACAUGGCUGCAUUUAGUAAUUAUAAUGGGGGGGUGUACGUAGUACAUACAGAUAUGUUAGGAUACUUCUAAGCUUGAUGUAUGUGAUUUACAGCAGGGAGGGCGGUAGAAGGUGAAUUUGAGCUGCUGAAUAUUUGGAUACACAUACAACAGAUGGACAAAACAACAGGGGCUACAGCGAGCCACAAACAUUCACUGAAAAUUAAGCUCAAAAUAUUGGAGCCUUCAACCCUUGUAUGAUGACCCUCUCCAUGUCUCUAGUGCUCGCUCGGCGGCACAAAUGGCGCAGUUAGAUCACAUUUUGGGUUAUUUGUUAUUAUUUGUAGCAGACAUGGAUGCAGUUAGAUCACAUUUUGGGUUAUUUGUUAUUAUUUGUAGCAGACAUGGAUGCAGUUAGAUCACAUUUUGGGUUAUUAUUUGUAGCAGACAUGGUGCAGUUAGAUCACAUUUUGGGUUAUUAUUUGUAGCAGGCAUGGUGCAGUUAGAUCACAUUUUGGGUUAUUUGUUAUUAUUUGUAGCAGGCAUGGUGCAGUUAGAUCACAUUUUGGGUUAUUAUUUGUAGCAGGCAUGGUGCAGUUAGAUCACAUUUUGGGUUAUUAUUUGUAGCAGGCAUGGUGCAGUUAGAUCACAUUUUGGGUUAUUAUUUGUAGCAGGCAUGGAUGCAGUUAGAUCACAUUUUGGGUUAUUAUUUGUAGCAGGCAUGGUGCAGUUAGAUCACAUUUUGGGUUAUUUGUUAUUAUUUGUAGCAGGCAUGGUGCAGUUAGAUCACAUUUUGGGUUAUUUGUUAUUAUUUGUAGCAGGCAUGGAUGCAGUUAGAUCACAUUUUGGGUUAUUAUUUGUAGCAGACACGGUGCAGUUAGAUCACAUUUUGGGUUAUUAUUUGUAGCAGACAUGAUGCAGUUAGAUCACGUUUUGGGUUAUUUGUUAUUAUUUGUAGCAGGCAUGGUGCAGUUAGAUCACAUUUUGGGUUAUUAUUUGUAGCGAGCACGGUGAUUGGGUACUGUAAAUGUAUCUGAGAUGUCACAGGAAGGGUCUGUGAUAAAGCAUCCUCAGAAUGUAAAUUCCAGUGGAAGUGAAACAAACCUUGAUUUGCUUCACUGAUGGAGGCAUUCUGGUGUACUACCCCUUUAGGAUAUGUUUCUAAGUUGAAAAAUCCACCAACACCAAGUAUUCCCGGUAACACCGACUCACUGCUCUAUGGAGGGCUGUGAUAUUUACUAAAAAGCUCUAAGAGCAUCUAAAGAGCUCCCUCCGUCCAAAUCACGUCUGGUAAGGAGCCAGCUCACUGCGUGCACAAGGGUAAUAAUGUCUGCGAUUUCUAAUCAGAAUUGAGGCUUCCAAAUUGCCUCAAAUAACUGUUAAUUCAAACUGUCAGCAAGGUAAUUAAAACGCCAUAUUCCCACUUACCGUUUGGCAUACCUCAGACACGCAUUAAGCGCGGCAGGGAUAACUUGCUAAUGAAGUUAUGUAGCCUGGCAGGGAAGUAGGGACCAAUAAUGCGAUGGAUGUUUAAAGAGUAAAUAAUUGAACGAAUGUCUGCUUCUUUUACAACCGCAACAAGAAAGACUGAAUUGGGAAAGGCAAGGAAGUCGGUGCGUUAACCUUUGCGAUUUCUACAGCAAAAACAGAUUUCUAAGAAAAAUACUCAUCGUGGCUUAUUCACAAAAUUGAACUGUGGAGGCUUGAGAACAAAACUGAAAAAAAAAAACCAGCGGGAUGGAGAAUUUUCAUAAUUUGGCUAUUUGUCCUAAAUGUGCUAUUCCAUUAUCAACUCUACAGAAUUCUCACUUUAGUGUAUAAACACUACAAUAAAUACUUAAUAAAAGACAGCACAGAUCUAGGUGCACUUACUCCCAAUUUGCAUUCGUAGUGCCGAUCUGUAUUUUUCCAUCAGUUAUUUAUUAUAGUCUGUGAAAAUGUUUUAUUAUUAUUAUUCAAAUCCUACGAGUAUUUCACUCAAUGGGCUUAUUUUCUAAAGACCAGCCACAUUGUUACGGGGGACUUGCUAUCCCCGAAUUUUUCACAAAACCCAGUCAUUAAUUAGACAUUUGCAUUUUUCUGUGAUUUUAUUUUUACAGAAUAUUUAUGUAUAUUUGUGUUCGAAGCUACAUGGGUUGUGACUGAAGUAAGAUGCCCUGUCAUAUGUGGUACGAGUGUUAGUGGAGAGGGCCAGUUUUGUUGAGGUCUGGCUAUGUUGUAGUAAUUCGACUAGUCCAUGUUCCCGGAACAGGGGGGCUGCUGUAGCCAGACGUGAAGCAGUGGGUAGGGAUUCUCUGAAAGCCUGAAAUUGAAAGCUAGACAAGCGAUCAGCUGCAGUAUUUAAAACUCCCGGGACAUGGCAGCACACCAAGUAAAACUGAUUGCAGGCUGCUAGCCACGUCAGUUUCCUAAUGAAUCUCAUAAUAAUCAACGGAGACGAGCGGUCUUUGUUAAUAAUAUGGCAAAUCGCUAGAUUGUCUGAAUGGCACAGAACUGUUCUGCCUGACCACAAAUGGCCCCAAGCCACCGCUGCCGCCACAAUAGGGUACACCUGUGGAACCCUUCUAUUUCUAGUACCUCCACUGUCCAAUUACCCCAGUGCCAUUCGUCACCAAAUAUGACUGCGAAGCCCGUGGUAGCUGCUGCGUCCGUCCAAAUGACAGGGGAGAAAUCUGCGGGAGAAACAUGCUUCUUCCAUUCCAGUUAGAGAGAAACAUGUUCCACAUUAAGGGAGAUACGGCUUAGGUCGUCAGGGAAUGUGGGGAGUAGGCUAAGGAGUCUGGAGAUGAAGGCUCUACCCUGCAGGAUGACCCUCAUAGCGAAGUUCAGGGAGCCUAACAGUGACUGCAAUUCUUUCCUGUUACAGGAGCCAUUAAGCAUAUAAUGGAUUAUAUCGUGGCGGAUGCUAGAGACUAGCUUCCAUGGCCACCGAAUCCAGGCGUAUCCCUAAGAAAUUAAUAAAGGUGUCAGGACCCUCUGUUUUCUUUGGUGAGAUUGGUACCCUCAGUGUGCUGAAUAACGUGACUGCUUUCCCCAGGCUGCUAUAGGAAUAAUUUUUCUAAAUGAAUAAAAAAUAGUCUAGAUAGUGGAUGACGGUAUGGCACCGACACCGGGACAUAUUCAGGACGAGUCAACACAACGUCUCCGCGAAGGUAUCAAAAAUUCUAGGACUACUCUUUGACCUGAAGGUAAGUCUAAUGAAAAAAUAAUACAGGCCUUUCCAUUUAAUGCCGUGCAAGUGCCAUAAUGCCAGGUGAAUGGGCAAUAGCUUAAAGGCAUUGACAAUGUCGGUCUUGCUGAGCCAGGCCCCCACGCCUGCAGUCAAGAUAGCGUUUACAGCAUUGUCAAUUGUGGUGUACUGUAGAAAGAAUUCUUCUGACGGGAUCAAUGAGUUAAGGCUUGGCACCCCUGAGGAGUGUGGUGCUGCGAGAUCUACGAUCAGUCUUUGUUUGCCCAAGAGCAAUAAGGAUAUGGAAUUCUUUGCCUGAAGAGGUGGUUUUGUCAGAGUCUAUACAGAUGUUUACACAGCAAUUGGAUAAAUACUUGCAAAAACAUAACAUACAGGGAUAUCAUUUCUAAUUAGUGGGGUAAUAGUUGCUUGAUGCAAGGAGACAUCUGACUGCUAUUUUUGAGUCAAGAUGGAUUUUUUUCCUAGUUUGUGUCAAAAUUGGAAGCGCUUCAGACUGGGUUUUUUGCCUUCUUUUGGAACAAUAGCAAAAACAUAGGUGAGGAAGGAUGAACUUGAUGGACGCAAGUCUCUUUUCAGCUAUGUAACUAUGUAACUAAGUUUUUCCCAGAGACUAGACCAAUAGGAUUAGUUCUCCAGUUGGAAAAAGGGGGCUCAGUAAAAGGCCCUUGUAAGAACCCUUGCUCAACUUCUAUAGAGGUCUAGCUCUUCCCUUCUCUGUGGAUGAACCGAACCUGGGAGGCAAUCAGAAGGGAGACAAGAUUAACAUCUUUGUCUUCCAGGAUAUCCUUUUUUAGAUUCGCUGGUACCAUGUGGACUGGAUUGAUAACGUGUGAUCUGGAAGCAGCAGGCAGACUAUUACAUGGUUGUAACUGGGACAUGUUUGGAAGUACAUUCGUGAGGGCAGCUGCAGCCAUAAUGGGAAGACUACGAGCUUCCAGUCUCUCCAGCCUAUCAUUGAUUAGCCCCAUGGAGGACACCAGUGAGGCAAUCAUCGUGUGGAGGUUGGAGUUGUUAGAGCUACUUGCUUCAAGUACCUAAGUGGCCACCUCCUACCUUAUCAGCCAGUAACCAUAUAGAAAAAUUCAGGCUAAUAGACGGGGUCCAAGAGUCUUGUACCUGUUGGUAAAGUGAGUACCCGAAAGGCCCGCCAUGCGACAAAACAGAUCUUUAUAUAAGGAGGGAGGCCUAAAUCAAAUGGAAAAUGGCAAACCAUUGUGAACUUAUGUAUGCGGAUAAGACCCAUAUAUGAAUGUAUAAUACCUGUAUAUGUUAGGCAACCCACCUAGGAUUAAGCAUAGAGUUAGUGAAGAGCCAAGCGAGUCGCUACCAGGUACCUUGCAAUCUGCAAAACAUUACAAUAAACUUGACAUGACAUACUACUAGAGAAUGUCUGGAUAGACUGUAAGAUCAUGCCAGAAUGACCUGACCACUUAAGGUCAGGACAAUUGUACCAAUAGAUGCAUAAUUGAUGAUUUACUGCAGAAACACAUGACCUUACUAUCUCAAAUAAACCACUCAGUUCUGCUUGAAAACAUCAAUGUACAUAACAUAUCCUUACUUCAUAUCCUUAAAGAAUAAAACAUUUUCUUGUAAGUGCAUAAAAUAGCAGCAUAUUAGUAACUUCCCCAUUCCUGGCCAUACUUAAUACAUAAAAUAGGUGACUGAUUGUAUAUUAAUACGGAAAGAGAAACACCUUGUAAAAUCAGUUUAUGUGCAGAGUGUUAUUGGUUGCCAUGUGAACGUGGGAACCAAGGUGAGCUGCUAGCCAUCUUCCAUGGGUUCCUCAGGAUGUGAGAGGCAGGUGACCAGACGACCCAACCCUCCCCUCCCCCCGCCUGGUAAUGUGACUGAGGUCCAAGGACAAAGAGGCUCUAUACUGCCAUAGAGCCUCUGUGCCCAUUAAAGGACCCAUUAAACUCGUUUUCCUGGCACUAUAGUGCCCCGAGGGUGCCCCCACCCUCAGGGUCCCCCUCCCACCAGGCUCUAGGGGGCGGAAGGGGUUAAACUUACCUCUUUCUCCAGUGCCGGGUGGGGGACUCUCCUCCUCCUCGGCAUUCACAAUGCUUUCCUAUGAACGCUGGCGUCUUCUCACUGUGAAAAUCACAGUGAGAAGCGCAGAAGCGCCUCUAGUGGCUGUCAAUGAGACAGCCACUAGAGGCUAGAUUAACCAUAAUGUAAACAUAGCAUGUUUAUGGAAAAAGGGUUAAUCCUAGCUGGACCAGGCACCCGGACCACUUCAUUAAGCUGAAGUAGUCUGGGUGCCUAUAGUGGUCCUUUAAUAGCGCAACCUCGUUGUGAGAUUUGGUCCCCCCUUACGACCUAAAAAGGAGGCGUAUGGUGCUGGUGCGGGCCGAGCAGCCCGUGUGAGUCAAUAUUUACCCGACCACGAGCCGACCAGUGUGACAUCACCAGGGGGCGCUGCCGUCUACCUGCCGGAAGCCGUGAAUGCAAGGAGAGCGCGCAGGGCAAGGCGCAAACACCACCACUGUUACCACGAUCGCGGGAUACCAGCGUUACUUGGCGGGAAAUGGUAGUCUGUGAUGCAGCUGAUCGUCGGACCAAUCACGGAAAGUUGAGAAAGGGGUUGGGGGAGUCCCUUUUAAAUGUUCAUUAAGCCCCUCCCACAACUUCAGGCCAAGCCUUCCUAUAUAUAUUCAAGUAUAGAUUGUAGCCGUAUUAGUCCAGUGAUGUAGAUGUAAAAAACAGAUAUAAUUUGUAUCUUGUAAUAACUUUUUUAUUGGACUAACAGAAUUUUUUAAUGACAAGCUUUCGGGAGAGCCUCCCUUUCUGCGAGAAUGGUGUCUAUUUUCUAUCAAACCUGUGUCUUAUCUGCACGUGUGUCGCUUUAACCCCUGUAUCACAACUCACCUUUAAAUUCUAUGUGUCGUUUUGCUCAGAAAUGAUUCAGACUUCAGAAAGGGGGGUUCUCUCGAAAGCGUGUCAUUAAAAAAUUCCAUUAGUCCAAUAGAAAAGGUAUUUUAGCUGUUUUUUUACACAUAUAUAUUUAUUUAUAUUCAUGUCCUGGUAAAUUAACUCGAUCUCUAUAGUGGCGUGCGCAUGAUGCGCAUGUCUGUUAUCGAGCGAGCGGGUAUGUGCACAGAGCACUGGUUAGUUGGUGGUGUUUGUGGAGAGUGCUGACCUAAACUGCACUCCUCACUGCAGGAAACGCUUUCUUACAAAGUUAUUCACUAACCCGUGAGUUAUCACCAUUUCAACGUGAAUUUCAAAUUUCAAAGUCAUGAGUAUUUUCAUUUGGCCUAAAAUUUUUAAUCCAUUUUAAUUUCUGCAUAAUUCACAAUUUAGAAGAGUUUUUUUUUCAGAUUCAUUUUGUUUGAAUCAAAUCUCAUAUAUGGGCACACACGAACUUCCCUGCUCCAAAUAAAAGCAGAGUCUUGUUUUAUAUUGUAAACCAGCUACUAUGUAUUUAUUACAGAUUCAAUAAGUGCCCAGAGAUUAGUUACCCUAUUCUUUAUAUUAAUAUCAGAACCGAUAGAACCUAUAAAGUAUCUGGGAGACGGCCAAGAUACACGGCUUGAGACGUUGUGUCAUGUUUGAUCUGUGAUUUUGCUGCCUAGAUUUUUAUGAUCGUCAAUUGAACCCAUAACCAGUUAGAAAGAAAUAUGUAUUUGACAUCAUUAUUACAUCAUUACAUUUGAUAAAAACAAUGAAUUGUAUACAUUAGCAGAACUUCCAAAAGAAGGCUACGGUAAGCAGCCAUCUUGCAUCUUAAAGUUCCUCACAAGAGGUAGGUUGUGCAACGAGAUUCUUUGUAAAUAGCGUGCAAUAACGUGCAGGUUGGAUUGGUCUAGUCCACUCUCACUGCAAUGCCUUAUCAAAGAGAUGUCUAUACCAGAAAGAGAGAAACGGCUCCCCCUGCUGCCAACAUGCAUUAUUGCUUUCAAUGAGAACCAGACAUUUAUACUUUGUGAUAACAGUGGUCACUAGAUGAAUUUUCUUAAAUCACUAGAAUUAGUAGCAGAAAAGUCCAUAAACAUGUUAUAUCAAUGAACAUCUUAUCUAUAACGUGUAAGCUAAUAGUAUAUAACUAUGUUAAUGUUACACAAUAUGUGCAGAUUCUAGUGUUUUCAUGCAUUUUAUUGGUCUGUUUCUCCAGUUACUACGGACUGACUGUCUGGUUCCCAGACAUGAUUAAACAUCUGCAGAACAUCGAAUAUGCUUCGCGCACCAAAUAUUUUAACAGUGAGAAAAUGGUGAAUUUCAACUUCAACUUCACACUGGAGAACCAGGUGCACAGAAAUGGAGAGUACCGCAAUGACAAGUACGACUUUAUUUUUAACAUUAAAUUAUGAUAUCGCAAAAUCUGGAGCCAUACUGACAAAGCACGGACAUUGUAGAAUGUAUUAACUAACAGGCAGAACUGUUUGUAUGUUUGUUUCGAUUCAUCAAAUUAAAGGGUCCUCUCAGUCCAUCGAUUAUUGGAUAGACAUAGCUGGCUCUUUAAUUAAGUGAUUUAGUGGUAUUAUAUUAUCUGAACUUAUUUAAGGUCUAAAGAUCCAACUUUAACCAACUCUCCUGCUAAUGAACGCACAUGCUACAUUUUCCUGCACAAAUAAUGUUCUUUAAAAUUCCUUUAAUACGUAUUAAUUCUAGGCAUUUUGAUUGGUAACCAGCACUACGUUAAGAUACGGAUAGGUCAUGGUCACAUAUUUUAAAGGGACACGCUAACCAUUAUAACUUAAACAGCUUUUUGUACAGCGUAUGGUGCUGUCCGCCAAUUUUUGUGAAAAUAUUUAGAGCUGGUGGACAAUAAUUGUGUCUGUCUCAGCAUCCGUAACUCUGGCUCUUCCUUCCCACCAACGCCCCCAUUAUCUGUGUAAAGCUUUCAACCAUGGCAGUAGUGAUAGACUGUGAGUGCUCGGUUGGUUUAGCUGGUAAUGAGGGCUGCACCGCACCAUUACCACUACAUGAAACUGUAAUAACACAACAAACUGUAGAGGUCAUGGAGUUUAGUGUGUUCAGUUCAUGGUGGGCCUAAGCUCCCCUUGUACCAUGCUUGACCAGUGAUAUGAAUAUAAUUACAGGAAGCCCAUUUGAUGAAUUUGUAGCCUAGUAGCCCCAUCCUAGCCACUUAGUUAGAUCUUAAUCUCCAGCCAUUGUCCGUAUGGCAGAAGGCCUAGGCUGUGGGGUCACAUCUGAUUGGUGUCCAUUGGAUAAAAUGUCAGAAAACAUUAUUUAUGAAUGUGUCACACUCACUCUGAUCUGGUCCUUCCCCCCCCCAGAUUCAUCCGUCUGAAGAUGAAGUCUGUCACGUUUGAAGAUUCAAUCUUUACAGAUUGUUACUUUGAAGAUAUCACCUCCAGCAACACUUUCUUUAGGAAUUGCACCUUUAUCUCAACCUUGUUCUAUAACACAGGUAACCACAAUCUAGUUGUUUUUUUUUGUCCUUAAAUUAAUAUUAUAAUUUAGUAUAUGGGUGGUUCUCAAGCCCUUCCCUGUGUGUAUUGUCAUAAAAAUAUUAAGAAUUUGAAAUAUACUAUUAGGACAUUUACUUUUCGGAAAUUACAAAAUUGGACAUAUGGAGUUAUAAGGUAGUUUUUAAUUAAAUAAUUAUCUAUGCCAAUUUAAAAAGGAACUAUCAUGUCCCGGGAUUUUUAAUAUUAUGUUAACUUAUCUCUAUAUUUAGCAAAUCUGUAUUUAUGAAGUUUGAUAUAUAAAAUUAAAUGUAGAAUCCACCCGUUUUAUCCUCCCACCACACAUCUAAUCACAUUGAAAAGCCGGUGGGAUGUGGACACGUUAGACCAGCCUUGCCACCAGUCACAAGACACUAAUCAGCCAGGAGUAUAUAACUUGUCCGCACAGCACUCAGAGAGGGAAAUCUCAGUAAUUCCCAGUCUGUGUUUUGACAUCAUUUGCAUUCUCACUUUUCAGACUUGUUUGAUUACAAGUUUAUCAACAGUAAGAUCAUCAAUAGCACGUUUCUGCACAGCAAAGAAGGCUGCCAACUUGACUUCAGCGAUGACAUCAACAACGCCUACAUGAUCUACUUUGUCAGCUUCCUGGGUACCCUGGCUGUGCUGCCUGGUAACAUUGUGUCGGCUUUGCUCAUGGACAAAAUCGGACGCCUUCGUAUGCUGGGUACGUUACUACUUAAUUUGCCACUGAUUGAGGUGAUCAUGGUAUAUCCGGUCAGAUGUUCUGGAAAUAAACUCAGGGCUUCCUUAGACUUGGGGAGUUCAUAUCUGCUGUAAGAAAAGUCUCUGUAGAAAUGUGGAAUGCUUGUUAGUGCCGGAAUGGUACGUAUCCAGAUCGUUCGAUUCUGUGGAAACACUUGUUUGUUUUAGAACUUAGUGAGUCCUUACGUAGGGCAAGCUGUGAGGGGCCCUGGCCAUUUAUCUUAGACUUCUUUCAUUUAAUGCCAUGUAAACAGAAGCAGACCAGGUUAACGAAAGGUGAUGGUCUAAAUGUCUAUUUGCUGAAGAGCAUGAUCUAGGCCAUCCAUGGUCUAAGUCAUAGCAGGUCAUUUUAUAGGGGGCUUGUCAUGUAUAUUCAGUCACCUGAAUCUAACGUUUCUGUCCCCAGCUGGCUCCAGUGUCAUGUCCUGUAUCAGCUGCUUCUUCUUAUUCUUUGGGAACAGUGAGUCGGCCAUGAUUGCCUUGCUUUGCCUCUUCGGAGGGGUCAGCAUUGCUUCCUGGAAUGCACUAGAUGUCCUCACAGUAGAACUUUAUCCUUCAGACAAAAGGUAAAAAAUAAAACACGCUGCACAAUAUUUACAACUUGUUCCAAAAUCUAUAUUGUGAUCAAAUACUCUGAGUCCAGGCAUAUCUUUUCUCUUAAUAAUAGACCCCUAAAGCAAAGCAACACUUGCAAUAGAGCAUUGUGCAUGUAACAAUACAUAUGAUAGAACAUUAUAUAAUAGAUCGACUUGUUUUGCAUAUUGACAGAUUUACUGUUUUGUAAGACAUGCAGCUCACAGUUGGUUUCCUAAAAAAUAAAAAUAAAAACUAGUACAUUGUUUCAAUAUGGUGCCAGUGAACUUACCUUAAUAUUGGGGUACUGUGAUUUAUCAGCACUGCAACUUAUUGUUUUCUACCUGAUUUUGUCCAUGGUACAUUUCCACAUAUUUUUGACAUUUUUUCCUUCUCUCUCUUUUCAGAACGACAGCUUUUGGGUUUCUAAAUGCCCUCUGCAAACUAGCAGCUGUGCUGGGAAUAAGCAUCUUCACAUCUUUUGUUGGGGUGGCAAAAGCUGUACCCAUCUUGUUGGCUUCUGCAGCUCUGGCGGUGGGCAGCUUUUUAGCCCUCAAACUGCCCGAAACACGAGGACAGGUGCUUCAGUGA